AUGGCGCCCCGACGGAACCCGCUCCUCGCCGCCUUCCUCGGCCUCCUCGCCCUCCCAGGUGAGCCGGAGCCCGGGCGCCGCCGCGCAUCCCCCGGACUAACUGGCCGGCCGGCCGGCCGCUGGCUCGCUCGCUCGCUGGCUCGGCCGGUCCUCCUCCUGGCAGCCGGCCCAGAAGAGGCGGAGGCGGCCGCCCGCCCGGCCCCUCCUCUCCUCCGGCUCGGCGCUUCCCCUUCCCACCUCCGGAGCCGCGGCAUCCUCUGCCCAGAGCCCGGCGGCUGCCCAGACGGCGCGUCUCCGUCCCUCGGAGCUCUUCCCCGGAGCGGCGCUUUCCCCUUCUUCUUUUUUUGGGGGGGGGGUCUCGCUCGCUCGCCUCGCUGCGUCCCGGCCGCUCAGGGCUCCCUCCCCCCCCCCGCCAGUCCAGCGCUGGCCGGGCUAACGAGCUCUUGUAAAAAGAGCCUUUUACGAGGCGCCCCGCGCGGGAUCUUUUUUUUUGACGAGCUUGUAAAAUUAGCGACCGGCUUGUGGCCUGGAAGGGGCCCGGCGACGAGGCUCGAAGACCCCGCUCGCAGCAGCGCCUAUUCCCUUGCCGGAGGGGGGGGGGUGUUCCUUCAUUCCCGCGUUGGCCGGAGGGGGAGAGGGGUUUCCACACAGGGACAUCUUACGAGCCCGGCACCCCAGCUCGGAAAGGGAGGCGAGGGGCCAUUUCCCCGGCCAAAGGAAGGGAAGCCGCACGGGACGCCUCCCGCCCCUCCGGGUCCUGCUCCCCUGGAAGCGCUUCUCCCCAUCAGCCCCAGCCAAGCCGGCCAGGCAGGGAGCUUUUCGGGGUGCUCCGCGGGCGAGGCGGUGUGUGCCCCCCGACUGGUCCUCCUGGGGGCAGCAUGCCCGUUUGCUCCCCUUGGCCACCCAGGCUGGGACCGUGAAGCCCCAACGGGCAUCGAUAGUGCUGGGGCUCUAAAUUUUUCCGGGGCGGGGAGACAGAACUUUCUUCCUAAAGGACCUUUAAAUAAAGUUAUCCACGUGUUAGCUCCUUUCCCUCUCCUUUGAUCUGGUCGCCAUCUGUUCGGUUGGGCUGCAGUGUUUGUUCAAUUAAUCUGUUAAUAAAUUUGACCAAAAAUAAAAAACACCCCCCCACUUCCAAUCAACAAGGAGAAAAAGCUCUCUUUCAGCUUUUAAACAAGUACAGUUUUAAAAAUGUAACCUUUAGCAAUGCACCCAGCAAACACUAUAUUGAUAUAUAAUGUUUUCAUGUGUGGAGUGUUAUUAAAAUAUUUCAGGCCUCCAGCACUUUAAACCAGUUACACAGCAGUUAGCAUGUGUUUGACCCUACACAGAAAAGAAACUACUUUCUUUCUCUUUCCUUUCCCCUCUUUCUCCUUCUCUCAGGAAUAUGGUGCUUUAGUGAACUGUUUUUUGCGAAAGAGCCGCAGGACGUAACUGCUGCUAGGAAGGAGGCUGUGGUUCUGGACUGCCAGGCACGAGGCGAAGUCCCCAUCACCAUCACGUGGCUCAAAAACGGGGUGAAGGUGACUGAAAAUGAACGGAUCUACACUUUGUCUAAUGGCUCUUUGUACAUCAGCGAAGUGGAGAGCAAACGUGGGGAGACGCUGGACGAAGGACACUACCAGUGCUUGGCUCUCAACAAAUACGGUGCUAUCCUCAGCCAUAAGGCCCACCUUACGUUAGCCAGUAAGUCAUCACAGUUGUUCUUUGCUGUUGAUCAUUUCCUUCCUCUGUAAACCUGUUCAGGAACAGAGUGACAACAUUAGCCCGUGUGUGUGCGAUAAAAUGCAUUGCUAUCAUUCUUCCAGUACAAUUUUAAACCUUAUGGGAAUUUUAAAUGACUUCAUGGUCCAGUUUGUAAAUGCAUGUGUUUGUGAAGCCUCUUUUAACCUCUGCUACAUAGAGGUUGACUUUGUCUGGGUUACUCCAAAUAGUACACCUGGCAUCUUCCUAAAGGGAGAUCUCUGAGUGAGUGAACUAUUGCUGCAAACUAUAUUUCAAAACAUCGUGAAUACAUGAACUUACAACAGCCCUUCCCCAGCUUGGCACCCUCCACCUCUUUGGGGUUGUAGCUCCCAUCAGCCUCAGUCAGUGUGGCUGCAUGAAAUCAUGGCGGUUGCUCUCCUGCUGCUGUUGGACUACAACAGGUUAAGGAAGGCUGACUCCCAGGGACCUAAAUAUUUGUGAGAUGCUUGCCUUUAAGCACAUUGAAGCUCUGUUUUGUUGUUGUUAAUCUGCUGGUAUCAGAGUUGGGAAUCCACACCUGCUGCCAUCUUGCUUUGAAGGGCUGAAGCUCAAUGGUGCAGCAUCUGCCUUGCAUACCGAAGGCCCCAACUUCAAUCCCCAAUGGCUUCUCCAGGCAGGGCUGGGAACUGUCUCCUGCCUGCAACCUGGGAGAGCCCCACUGCAAGUUAGCGUAGACAGACAGCUAGAUGGCAAAGUGAUCUGGCUAGCUAUAGGGCAGCACUUCCUGUGAAGGAGGAUCGGCUAUUGGUCCUCCAUGAGUGUGCCACUGCUGUUCCUCAACUGGACAGAAGGGUACUCAGCCCUGUGUUGGUCUGCAGCAGCAAAAACAAUGAAUACUCUUCUAGCAUGGGCUGAUGCAUUUUCAUUCUGUACAUCUAAAUUUGGGGGAGUGGCUGCUGUGUUCAUCUGUAGAUGAGUAUGUACUGCAGGUAUAGGCAAACUCAGCCCUCCAGAUGCUUUGAGACUACAACUCCCAUCAUCCCUAGCUAGCAGGACCAGUGGUCAGGGAUGAUGGGAAUUGUAGUCUCAAAACAUCUGGAGGGCUGAGUUUGUCUAUACCUGAUGUACUGUGUAUAGCUGGCAUCCCUCUGUCCCAAGAGACAAGGGAGGAGUGCACCUUUGGGUAUGAGGUCAAGCUGUUGGAAGGUUUCAGCAACUGCUGUGGCUGUGUUCAUCUGGAGAUGAGUGGUGCUCAAGUUUUCCCCACUCUGGCCCAUUUGAAAAUUGCUGAGCAUCUUUGGCCGGCCACAGGUUUUUCUGCCUGUUGUAGCAAUUGUAACCCUAUAUAAUUCAGAUUGUGAUAACAGUAAAACACACUUGGGAAAUAAAAGAAGCAAUAAAAUACAAUUAAACAUCAUUAUGAAUAUUUUAUAUGAUGGAUGUUUCAAUUCCCACCUGAAUGAAACUUGUGGGUCAAUGGCAGUCCAGAGGAUACAGUUUGGAAUUCUUUGCUGGAGAUGCAGACUCUCACGGCGCUUCACGCACCUGAUGAAGUAGACUCUAGUCUAGGGAAGUUUAUGACACAAUAUAUAUAUUUGUUAAUCUUAAGGUGCUGCAAGACCUUAAAAGUGUGUUUUGUCCCACAGGAGUCACUGUUGGGUCCCAAUGAGAACUUAGAUGUUGAUGCCUGAUGUUGAGAGUUGGUUUAGAGACUAAUUACUUACAUAGUGUCUGGAGAUCACAAAAGGCCACUCCAUAUGCUGCCACAGAAGUGGGGAAAGGAGGAAGGAGUGAAAUAUUUAACCACUUCUGUGUAAGGAAUGAGCCAGCUUCUCAAUUCUGCAUGUGGUGGUGUGAAAGCCAUUACUUUACUUGUAGUUGCUAUGUUUAGAUCCUGCUUUUCUUGCAUCUCGGAAUUUAAGGCAGCAUACAUGUGUGUGUCUGUGGAGAGUCCCAGGUUGUGUCUUAUCUGAGCACUGACUGACCAAACCCAGAACUGCUUAAUUUCAGCAUAAGUUGUGCAUCAUGUGCCUGCAGACCACACCUAGAUCUUAAAUGGCUGUGCAGUGGCAUCUUGUUGGCCAAAUGUGAUGACUGGAAAGUGACUGCCACUUACUUUGAAAAGUAAAAACUCUUCAAGACCACAUCAGGGUGUUCCUGCAUGGGCUUUGCUUAUCACACAGAAACCCUCCCACCCUCAGCCAGUACAGUGGCUCUUGCAAGGAGCUCAUCCACUGUCUUGACUAGCAGGGGAGGAGUUGCUGCUGGGUUGUGGCCAAAAAAACUUGCACAGCAGAAGCACAGUUUCCCUUGAAUAUAUUCCUUUUCUCCCAGCCUUACGUACUCUUAUGUUCAAUCUUCUGUGGGAUGGAAAUGGCCUCCCAGACUUUGAGUCUGGGUUUUUGUCUCAGUUUUGUUCCUUGUGAGCAAGCUUAUUCAAGAUCAUUUUUCUUACAGGCUGACACAAAAAAUGUCUAAUUUUUCUUCCAAGUAAGAGUGCAACCUUAAAAGUCAAAUUUGUCUGUCUAUCACAUUUCUAUACCACCUUUGACUUCCAAGGAGCUCAAGGUAGUGCACCUGGUUAUCCCCCUUCCCAUUCCAUCCUCACAACCACCCUGUGAGGUAGGUUAGGCUAAGAGAUGGUCCCUGGCCCAUGGUCACCCAAUAGUGAGCUCCAUGGCUGAGUGGGGAUUCAUACCCUGGUCUCCUAGGCCAUAGUCCAACACUAACCAUUAUGCCACACAUUUAAACAGUUAUCUGGGUGGUGGCAUAAAUAUGCAAGAGGGAAGCUGAGACAUGGCUGCAUGUGAACUUCUGGGACAGGUGAGUGAGGUAUAUGGUAAUACUGCCAGCGUUAUCCUCGCUUGCUUUUAUAUCCCAAGCAAAGCACUUGGUGCUCCACCACGGGAUUUGCCCUUGUGGGAACUGUUCAUCUUGUUUUGCAAGGCUUCCUCCCAGAGCGCUUUGGAACUUCCUGGAGGCCUGUGGCUGCCUGCUGCUUCCCAGCUUUGCCCACUCAGUGGGGCAAAGAGUGACCUCUACCAGCUAAUUCCUCUUUGCAACCAUGGAUUUGAGGAACUUCCUGCUUGGCUUGGCUUUUGGUGCCAGAGUCGGGGAAAGCCUACCUUAUAAAUGAAGUAUCCCGUGCCUAAGUUCUCAGGUUUCAAAUAAGUGGAGAGUCAGUCACCUGCUACUUUCUGAGUUGGUGGUUCAACCUGUAUAUCUACAGAUUCUGGAAGAUGCCCCUUUUGCUCCUGGCUCAUUUGUGCUUUUAAUCUCCCGAUGGUUGGGGAUUGGAAUCCAUGUCUGCCGAAUCUUGGCUUGGGUGGUCUUUGCCUGUGUGUGGAAGAAAGUCCUAAAGGCAAAAUAAUUAUUGCUGUGAGAUUUCUAUAAUAACAGUCUCCCAGCUUCCUGGGGAAGCCUCUGAUGACACUGGAGGCAGGCAGGACACAUUUGAAGAAAUGGUGGUGUCAAACCUAUGUAGAAACAUGGUCCGUGUAAGUGGUGGGGGAUCCCAGAGCACCUUGUUCUUGAUUCUCAGAAAAGGUGGUAGAUGAGCUCCUAAAGAGUUCGCACCUCCAUCCUUUCUGAUGCAUUUCAUGAGGUCUAGUCUUGCCUAUGAAAAUAUUUCCCACAAUAGAAGACAGAUGACUUGGCAGUCUGUGACCACCAUGGCCCCAGAAGUUAGCAAGCUCCUCCCAAAGUUUUGCUGCUUUCAAUUUGGAUCAAGUAGGGUGACCCAACCAUCUAAAUUCUGAUCCAUGUGUUUUGAUAUUGAAAGGUAUAGCUCCAUUCUCUCGUCACAUUGUCUCACAAGAUGGUGUUUGGGUCACCAUGAAUAUAAUUAAAAUAAUUCGGACAAUGGUCAGGCUUGGUAGACAAUAGAGUUACGGAACAAUAUACAUUAUGGUGAUACCCCCACUUUCUUGAAUCAAGUGUUUUUCCUGUGUUUAUAUGGAAUUGUAAAGUUUAAAAUAUAUCCAAAGUUUAUGACUCCCUUACAGCAUGAUCCUAUACCUAUUUAUUUGUCCUAUGUAAAUGUGUAUAGGAUUGCAGUCUAAAUGUGAUAAGGGGUCAAACUCUACUUUUCAAACCCCAAAUGCAUUAGAAAUAAAGGAAGCCUCCUUUCCUGUUUCUCAGAAUUUCAGAAGAUGUGAAUGAAUUUCCAGCAUUUUGUAGUCAAAGGAAAUAGUUUUAGCUGGGCUCAUGAUGGCUUUACAGCUCUGAAGAACAAAAUGACUUUCUUUGUGGCCAUGGCAAAGCUGAAACUAUACAUACUAAGCAGGUGGAGGCUGGGCUUCCCUUUCUUCUCUUUCUUCCUUUGCAAAGGGUGAAAAGCAAAAGGCGGCUGCUCCAGACCCCCACCCCCACCCCGCAAGCAGCAGGGUGCAAGUCUGUUCUCUCCCUUUUGCUUGCUCAAAUCUCUCACCACCUUGGUUUAUCUUUGGUUUCAGAAGUGUAUUCCUGGGUGCUGCAUUUGGAAAUCUGAAACUUUAAUCUGCUCCAGAGUUUGAGAUUUGAGCACAUGGGGAGCUUGGAUCUAAAGUUAGGGAGGGGAAGCUGAGGGUUGCACUCUAGGCAGCCAUUCCAUUAUUCAUGUGCAAAUUAAGAAUUCACAGGGUUAAAAGGUUAGAAACUGGCCAGGAUGAGGUUUACCCUUGUGAUAAAGAGCAGAUGACCCUCAUUCACUGGCCAAAGCUUUCAUGUAAGCUCCUCUGCAAAGUUAGUGAUUGCUAUGAAUUGUUCUUGAGGAAUGCAGAGUUCCCAAUGCGUCCUGGCCUCCCCUCCGCUGCCCCUCCGCAGCCUUAUCUCAAGAGCCCAUCAGAACAAGUUUGCAGGGAUGGGCCAGGAUCCCUUUCCAGCCCCCCCCCCCCCGCCCCGCUUUUGCUUUCCUGUUGUUCAUCCAAGCACAAAAGAAUUUUGACUUGCUUCUAGUCUUUAUUUUCUUUCCUUCCAGCAUCCCUUUCUGCCCUUCACCAUACCGGCUAGGUUAAAAAAUAUUGCAUUUUGGGAAGGUGCCUGCUGUUGCUCCUAAUGCAACAGGGUAAUGGGGGACGGUGGGGGGGGAACAUGAAGGAAGAUGCCUUCCUCCUUCACAGUUUCUUUGUGAGGCACCAUGUGGGGGUAAAAUGCUAAUAUCUGAAGAUUAAACAGCUUAUUGGAAGUUCAGGCUAGCAGCGCCUCUUUGACUAACAGGAUUCAAAGUUGCUAGAGUAUUUGAGCAUUGAGGUCUUUUCAACAAGGAUGGGGGUGGUGGCGGUGUUGGGGCAUUGGAACCUAAUGCUUAAGCCCUGUACAGUUAAAACUGGAACAAAAGCUUGAUAAGGUUGGUUGGAUGGGUCCCCCUGAAAUUAUUUACUUUUUAAAUACAAUUAGCCUUUGGAUAACAGAAAGAGAUGCACUGGAAGAUACUAAAGUAAAGCACUCUAGCGCAGAUUGGAAACCCUUCGUCUGACUGAAGGAGAUGGAUGUUAAGGGUGGAUGGAUGGAAGUGUGGUGUGUUGUUUUUUUAAGAGAGAGAGAGCUUCUUAUCUUCUUUUUUAAGAUCAAAGGAGACAGUGACAUAGCUGGCAUAUUAUUGAUUUCUGCACUGCAGGGCAUAGAUGGGUAUCAGAGGAUACUGACUUAAAAUCACUCCAGAUCUUCUAAUUGAUUGUGUCAGCACAAAAGCAGUUUGCAGGGUUUGUUUGUUUAUGUUUUGCUUUUCUGUAGAAGAUUCCUUUGAACAAAGGUGGGUGGCUGCCAGUUGAGUGGAAGGGAAGUUAGAGCCUCGCUGAUUGUCUGCUGCUUCAGACAAUGAGGUGAUGGACUUUUGCUUCUUUCACAUCUGCUUUCUUGCCUCUCCAGGGGCUUAAGGUAGCGCCCCUCCCUCCCUAGGAAUACAAACGUUUGCUUCCUGUUUAUAGUUAAAAGCCUACCUAGUAUAUUGAUGGGCCUGCAGUCACUGGAAGCAUUCCCUCUUUUUUCAAAUCAAGUAGGGUUUUUGGGGGGUGAUAUUUAGCUCUUGUGUGUGAGAGAGGAGUGUCAAAAAUUUUAAUUUUAUUAAAAAGCAAAAGUUGGUCCGUAAUGCGGGAAAUUUAAAAUCCACUGCUGAAAACCUUCAUUGGGACCAACCAAAACAUCACAGAGUACAGUACUACAUCCAGCCUAUUUUUUGGUACUUUUCUGUCCCCCCUUGCCUCUGCUUUCAUUGCCUCACUUUGUGUUAACAUGUUGCCUGAUGAAGAGUUCUGGAGAGCUUGAAAAGCCAAGCUUUUCUGAUGCUUUGGUUGGUACUAAAAGGGCAUUUCCUAACUCUGCAUUUUGGAGUUUUCGUUUUCUAGUGCAAACUAUAAAACCCAUUUUCAGGAUUUAAAGCUGCGAAUAGCAGCAUGAGACAUGUUAAGGAGGUCAUACCAAAUGAUGCAAAGCUGAGCAAGUGGGGGCAGCAGAAACCUUUUUUGGAUUGGGGUGGGGUGAGAACUAAGAGAGUUCCCCAGCAGCAGAACACAUGGGUAAUGAAGGGCCACAUGCAGUGGCCGCAGGGGGAAAAGAAAUCUGCUUUUCCAUUAUAAAAGUUUAUGUUCUUGGUUGCCUGCAGACAGUUUCACUGGAUGAGUGUCUAUACCCAAGCCCACAUAAGAAAAAUUCCACAAUCCCUGUUAGGGCAAUACAGUGGUACCUCGGGUUACAGACACUUCGGGUUACGCGUUUUCAGGUUACGGACGCGCCGAAACCUGGAAGUACCGGAAUGGGUUACUUCCAGGUUCCAGCGCUCGCGCAUGCGCAGAACCACUAAAUUGUACUUUGCGCAUGAAGCAGCAAAUCGUGUCACAUGCAUGCGCAGACACAGCGCUGUGGGUUGUGAACGCUGUGGGUUGCGAACGUGCCUCCUGCACAAAUCACGUUCGCAAACAGAGGUUCCACUGUACCUUUACUAGGCCAACCAAAAUGUCACAAAAUAGGGUGCCAGUCUUAGAGUACUUCAGAAUGCUUUAUCAGGCUAGAUUUGGGGUCCCCAGCUUUUUGAGCCUGGGGGUUACAUUUAGAAAUCUAAGAAACUGUGGCAGGCACCACAGGAAUGACCUCUGAUGCUAAGAACCUGCCCCCUAAAAGAGGCAGAACACCCACACUCAGAACAAAUAAAGCAUAGGCAAAAAAGCAAUGCCCCUCAAGAAACCUUAACCCCCCACAACCCAUCACAAUUUAAAAAGCAACAAUUGGUGAAGGGGCCUUGGCUGGCGCUGAGAGGUGUCCCCACUGGAAACUCCUGGACUAGAUGGUAAAGACUGAUGUAAGCUGCAGUUAGCAUGAAGGAGUUUGGAGCUGCUGUAGCUUCUCUUUUAAAGCAAACCCCUGGUUAGUUUCACCUUAGCUAAUAUUAGUGCUGCUGCUGUAGCACUUAAGUGUACUUGAGAUGUUGGUGGGCAUCCCAUCUCAUGGGCCCCUCUUGCUCUCUUAACCCUGGUUAAGGAAGCACCACGGUUUCUGUGGCAGUCCCCGGAUGGGAUAUACAGUACCUUCAUCUGAUUAAGGCUCCUAUGUGCAUUGAUGGCUGAAUUCCAAUGAGUUCAGUGGGACUUACCUCUGAGUAGACAUGUAUAGGGUUUCACUCUUAAGAGACCAAUGGAAUUGUGUAUAGUGUGUAAGGCAAGUUUUUGUUCGAUGACUAACAUGGAGCCUAAUUCUAACCAGGCUCGCUUGCAAUGAGCUUGAUGAUUUGGGUGGGGCUUGCUUACGUGUAAGUGUGCUCUGCAUCACAGUGCUAAUCUUUUCUUUAAAAUAAAAAACGGUAUUUGUGAAGCUUUUGCAAUUUCAAGGCAGCAAUUUCAAUAUAACAAGAAUAUCAAAGUACAUUUUAGCAAUGGCACACAGGAGAGGUUGUUCAGACUACAACUGUAAUUGGUGGGGACUGACAUUACAGUAUUCUGAAAAACUUGGGGGUGCUUCCUGCUUCUGUCCAUCUUCUUUCUGGGUCACCUCUGUAUGUAGGGGCUCCCCCAUGUGCUGACAGAGCUGAGCUGCAAGCCUUAUAUUUUAAUAGCCGAGCCGGUGCUGUGCUCUGCUCUGACCACUUUUGUUCUCUCACAGCAGUUGUCCAAAGGGCCUUCAGCACAGACCCCUUUUGUCAUGGGCCCUUUAGCUGGGUACAGAACAUAUGAUAAACGAAUGAUACAGGGGCAUCUCCAAAGGCAGAAUUUCGUAUAAGAAGCGCAGCCAUUUCUGAAGUGUCUUGUGUGUGGAGGUGUGGUGGGGGGUGGGGAGAGAAUCCUGUCCCAAAUGUUGCUGCCGAAUAGGAAGAGUUUGGGUGUAUCUCUCAGUUUGGCCUUGUUUUCUUUUUGCCCCCUCCCUCUGUAGGCCCAGCUGUUAAACUGGGAUUGAUUACCUCCCGUCUUUAUAACCGGCAAUCACCACCUAAGUGAAAACUAGUCAACACAGCUCCACCAUUGUUGACUGCUCAACUGAAGUUGCUGCCCUGCUUAAAGUUUAAGCAGAUGCUAAAUAAGGCAGGGUGUGGAUGUUCUGGGAAGUAACGAAAGUUUACUAUAUGCUGAGCACACCAUCAUGUACCUGGAGUUUUUAACAGGCUAGAUAAACCCCAAGCUUCUUUUUCUUGCUCCUUGUUCCUAGAUUUUCUGAAAGCCUAAUUGAAGGAAGGAAAUAAGCAGAACUGAUAGAGGACAGAGGCUGGGCUGACACUGAAACAGCUGGGAAUACAAAAGACUAGUAUUUGGUUAAACGAUUAGAGAGCUUUGGGGAAAAGAAGGCUGUCUUCUACCCUCCAAUCUAAUUAGGUGAUUUGGUGUCCUCCCUUGUGUGUGUGUGUGUUUAAAAAAUAGCAAGCAAUUCUUGUGAAGUUUGGUCUUUUACCAUGAUAAAUUGCUCCUGCUUUUGCAUCCUGGCUUUUGAAGAGCAAAUGGCACCGAAGGCCUUUUUUAAAGGGCCAAAUUCCUACAUUGUAUUUUGUGAGAAUAAAUAAAAUAACUAAGUAAGGAUUGCUUUUGUUUUAUUCGUGGAUGGUUUUCCUAUUGCCCACUAUUUGCGUGUGUGUGUUUAUGGCAUAAACAAUGGCCCAGACAAGAUGAAUGAAGUGACAUCUGGAUGCUGCUGCUGCUGCUGCAGUGGCCAUUGUGGCAGCCCUCCCUGACCUGAUUUGGGGCCUGCGCAAGGAGGAUGUGGAGACUGAGAUCCAGCCAUUGUUUUGAUUUGGCAUCUAAGGCCUUCCUUCUACACAGGCUGGCUCUGGAGGGCAGGCAAGGGCAGCCUCCAAUCUCCAAGGUCCAUGUGGCCCCAAGGCACAUUUUGCAGCCCGUGUGCUUUUUCUUGUUUAGAAGCCAGAGAAUGCUGGGCCUCACUGAAAGAAAAAACGUGUUUUCUGUAGUCAGCAGCUUUUGAAAAAGUGAUGGCGAAAAUUAUUAACGGAUCAGAAGCCGACAGACCAAAUGGAUGAAGCAGAAAAGGCUCCCAGAGAGGGUUUCCAAAGUCAGUCGUUAUGACCAUGCCUGCUGACAUUCUAAAAGAUUCCACACACAAGGAAAAAGGGGUGGGAAGGGAGGAGGAAAAAGCAAGCUCAGUGACUAGUCCAUAAAAUUAUAGUUCUUCUAAAGAUCAAGGCAGCCUGAUGGAAUGGCUGUUGCUGAGUCACCUAUGGGUCUGUUUCAUAACAAAUGAACAACUUAGCAAUUUCACAGCAAGAGAAGGAAAAGGAUGGGAGUCUUGUACAUAGCAAUUCCCCUGAUCCGGAUGUUCUGGAGAAAUAGAGCAAAGUGUAAUCAGCAUACGGAUGGAACAUUCUCCCAAACUCCUGAUGACCAUUUCCAGUGGCGUCAUAAAGAUAUUAAAUCACAUUGGAUAUAAGAUCGUGCCCUGCGGCACACUGUAAAGUAACUGCCAGGGGGCCAAAAAGCAGUCCCCCCCGGCUACUCUCAAUAACUUGUGUCAACCAUGGAUCUCAAUACUCUGUGAAAUACCCUCUGCUAGAUUUAAUAAGCCAGGAGUGGCAGGGGUCAAGGGAGCACAUGGCGGAGUGUCUCCUCACCAGCACUGUCUCCAUGUUUGCUGACUGAGUAAGUUUAGGCUCCUUUCAUUAACCACAUAGGCAUCCCUGUAUACAUUCUAGCUCAGCUUCUUGUACUGUGGCUUUAAACAACUCCCAAGCAUUUUGGAGAGACCUGAGCCUCUUGGCUUUUCCUCUUAUUUAUUUGUUGCAAUUACAGUGGUACCUUGGGUUACAUAUGCUUCAGGUUACAGACUCUGCUAACCCAGAAAUAUUACCUCGGGUUAAGAACUUUGCUUCAGGAUGGGAACAGAAAUCAUGCUCCGGCGGCAUGGCGGCAGCUGGAGGCCCCAUUAGCUAAAGUGGUGCUUCAGGUUAAGAACAGUUUCAGGUUAAGAACGGACCUCUGGAACGAAUUAAGUGCAUAACCAGAGGUACCACUGUAUUUCCCACAUUUUUCUCCAAGGAGCUCAAGGUGGCGUAGAUGGUUCUCCCUCUCCUCAUUUAAUCUCCACGACUCUGUGAGGUGGGUUGGGCUGAGAGGCAGUGACUGUCCCAAGAGUCACCUAGUGAGCUUCAUGGCUGAGUGGAGAUUUGAACCCGGGUCUCCCAGGUCCUAGUCCAACAUUCUAAUUGUUCCAUCACUGGCUCUCUAACUUCCUUUUCACCAAUCCCCUCAUUUGGGGGGAAGUUUCCUUUUCUCCCCCGAAGUCAGUCUAUGAAGUUGCCUCUGCUACCUACAGCCUGUGGUAGCACCAUCGAGUUAACUUCCUCAAGAUUCGACUGUCUUGCUUCCCUCUUGGUCUGGUGCAUGUGUAGACUGAGGCUGCUAAUUGUGGCUCUAGGCGCUGUUAGAGGGCUCAGAAGUUCCUUAAUAACUGUAAUGUGUGCCUUAGGCUAAGUUGUGCGUUACGCAUGCUCUUUGUAAAUAGAAUGCAUUGAGCUGCCGUUGGCCCUGCCAAAUAUCCAUCACUUAUGAUUAAACUUGUCUUUGACAUCCAGUAAAUUGAUGGGAACUGGAAAUUUUUGUUGGGAGAUGUGGUAGGGCUUGGUCAUUUUGCCUGAGGAGGAGACAAAACUUUGUACAAUGUAUGUCCCAAAUUACAGGGGUGUCAUCUGUCUGUCUUUUAAAUAAAUGAGUACACCAGCAGCCUUGGGAACCUUCAUUUCCGUUAAACAGCCUAACAGCUAACAGAGAUAGGCAAACUUAACUGUUAUUAGCCUCAUUAUAUAGCUUGGAACUUGUGAAGUGUUCAUAUUUAGAUGGUCCAGGCCAAGAGAAAAUACAAAGUUUAGUUUCACUGCAUUGCUGGAAAAACUACUUCCACAUGCAAGAAGCAGUGAUAUUGCAGUUCAGGCAACUGGUUCAUAUUGUUCUUUCCUUUAUAUUUUAACAAGCUCUUCAGGGCAGCCUUGAGCAGAGAAGGGCCUUUGCCCAUCACCUGCUGUGCUACCUGAGAGUCUUUUAACUGGUCUCUUCUGCAUGCAAAAGGAGAAAUUGCCUUUUCAGCAACGACCGCACUUCCCCAGUAAUGCUGUCCCCAGGGAGACUCACCUGGCACCAACUUUGAUGUGAGCAUGGUACCAGACAGAAAGAAAUUGCAGCAGGUUGGCUACAACAUUGGCUGGAGUGUUUGGAAUUACCUUGUGCCUGAUCCUCUGAGAUGUUCUUCUGCAGAACCCCAUGGAAAGUCCCAGAGGAUUGUCCCCUGUACGUGCAGUACUGUAGACUCUGGGCUGGGUGAAAGAAAUGGCCCCAUCCUGCCUUCUUGGUUUUGAUUCUUGCGGAUGUGUAAACCUUACACUCACUAAGAUCCAUUUCACUGGAGCUUGCUUGGUUACACAGCUGGGUGGCAGGGUCCCCAUGGUCCUAGCUGGAUUAGCUUCAUAGACGAACCUCUUCUCAGGUCACAGCAGAAAUUGUUAAAACAUAAACAGGCAGCUGUGUAAAAUAAGCAGAGCCAAGGCAACCGCCCCAGAGUAAAAAGACAGGGGAAGAAGGCAGCUGAAUAACCAAGAAAAUCCAUAGACGCGAUAUGCAGUCUGUUGAAACAAUGGCAGCACAUCGGGCCCCUUAUAAUAUAUUGUGUGCCCCUGCAUAAUAGUUCACUGGAUUAAAUGAAUUUAUUGAUUUCUGCUUCUUCCCUUACACGUAUCUGCAGGCAGCUUCUCCAGCACUGCAGACACAUGUCAAAGGUCAUAACUUUCUUUCACUGUGGAAAAACACAUAUGCACAGGCUUUCAGAUAGUAAAUCACUGGCUUUUACAUCAGUGGCCUGUACCUUAAAACAAACAUUCUCUUCUAUAAAAUUCCCAAACUCUUGAUUGUUAAAGCCAUAGUUUUCUAAUAUCAUUGUCAGCAUGAAUGUUCAGAAAACUUGGACACAGCUUAAUAGUUGCACCUCAAAUAGGGUAACAUAUUAAACUGCAAUAUUUAUUUAUUUGGCAAAAGUUAGCCUGUAGACGUAGCAAUGUCAAAAAUACUGGAGUCAAAUAUGUGGUGAUUAUUACAUCCAUUCCAUUAGAUAAAUAAUGCAGGAUAAGACACACAGACCCUCUGCAAGACCCUCCUUAACCCACCUCUCUCUUAAUUUAAAAUGGAUAAUGGCUUGUAGCAUGUGUUUUAAGAGUCAUAUUGUGAUUCAGACAAAUCUAUUCCACUCGUCAAAGAAGUGGCUUUCCUUUUCAGUCUUGUAUUUCAAAUGCAAAUUGGAAAAUAUUUUAUAAUCAUUGUUUCUUGCGGUUAUCUGUUUUUAGUGUGUAAUUGGAAAGUGAACUUUGAAAAAUGAAAGGGAAUUAAAAAUCAACUGCUGUUCUCCUGCAAGCUAUUUUGGUUUUGCAGCAUUUACUGCAAAGAGCAGUCUGGGCUGAACUGGUUUCACAACAUGGUUGAGGCCAUCAGAGAUUUUAGGAAAGGAAAGUAAGGAUUGUGAUUGUGGUUCACAAUGUGGCCAUUUAAGAAAAAAGUUUCCAGCUUUUUCCUGGGUCUGUAUUGUUUUGUUGCAUCCAAAACAACAGUCAGAGAUGGACCAGUGCUGAACUAGAUGGAGCAAUGGCCUUGCCUGGUAUAAGGCAGAUUCCUGUGUUCAAAAACAGCAGUACAGAAGGAACACAUAAAAUUGCAUUUAUGCAUUGGGUAAAGCAGCAGGAAACUGAAGGUGUCAACAUCCUGAAGCCAAGCACUAGCAGGGAUGCACUGCCUGCUACAGAAGUCCUGGUGUUGCAUUUAGCUAAACAUUAGCAGGAAAAGAAUCCAAACAUUUCUGGUUGUACCAGGAAUGGAGUCUGGUCUGUGGGAAUGGGCUGCAUGGACUUUUACGUCAAUGUAGUACUUUUAUGUGGACUUUUGUGGGCUUAGCAAGGUGAUCCAUAUUUUGAAACGUUUACAGUUAAGCGAGAUUUUUUUUGCUUUGUCUUAGUGGCACCAAACAACCCUACACCCAGGAAGCUUUUUCUCUCAAUGUCUCUGUUGUUCCUGCUGAGCAGGAGAGGGGACAGGAGAGAGGUGUUACAGGCAGCUGUAUCCACCCCAUUUACUAAUCCCAAGGAGUUGCAUCCAGCUACUUGGAAGAAUCAUAGAAUGGUAGAAUUGGAAGGGAUCACGAGGGUCAUCCAGUCCAGCCCCCUGCAAUGCUGGAAUCUUUUGCCCCACAUGGGGCUCAAACCCACAACCGUGAAAUUAAGAGUAUCAUGUUGGCCAACUGAGCUAUCACAGGAAGAGCUCACUACAUUACCUGCUGAAGACCAAAUAUUGUCAUUGUUGAUAAUUAAAGACCUCUCCUUCCCAGUCUGCCUGCCAGGAUGACAGCCCACCUUGCUUUAAGUGUGCAGAAAAAUGACUUAAGCUACCAUUGUUUAGUCCAAUCUGACCAGUGGCAAGAGCUGUGUGGGAAGCUCAGGCCAGCAGAGCUUCUUGAGCUGGAAGCAAUACUCAGACAGUGGUCAAAUGCAGUGAUUGAGAACCAAAGGAAAGCAGAUGUCAUGGCUCAGCUAAGGUUUGGGCCCACCUGCAUGCCUUGCCAGAGUACGACACAACCACACAGCUUGCUGGUAUGUCCACAGUCCUUACAUGCACAGCAGACCUUCCUGCUUCUCUGCUCUGAACAUAGCCUUAGUUUUGGAUGAUGAUGAUCUGCAAGAUUUAUUUGUAUGUCUCAGCAAUAUUGGCUCUCCAGAUCUGCAGACUUUCUGCAGACUUGGGGGACGGGGACCCCAAGGUUCACUGAAGUUUAAAAAAGGCUUAGACAUUCUAAGACUGGAGGACCCUCAAGCAUCCCAACGAAGUUGGAGAGCAUAAAAUGAAAAAGGGCAUCUUGAACAGAAGCGGUCCGCAACAAAACUUAGGUGCAUGUGCAACUUUUAAUAGAAUUUAACUCUUAAGUGUGUCAAUAAUGGCAUGUGACUGCAUUUGUAUUUUUAUUAAGGCAGUCUGUUAGUUAUGUAUUCUUUCUAUGUCUUAAGUCUCCUUAGGCCAAAUCCUCAAUGGUGACAUAAAAUUUAAAAAGUCAUGGAACAACCAAUUCACUAUAAAUAGCAAUCAGAACACACAUCACAGUAGCACAGUGAACCAACCUCCAGUACGUACAAUUUAAUGUAGUCAACCAAUUGAAUAUUUUGCUAGUGGAUUACAGUGGACGCUCGGGUUGCGAACGUGAUCCGUGUGGGAGGCACGUUCCCAACCCCGCAUCGUUCACAACCCGCAGUGCCGCAUCUGCACGGGCCACGAUUCAGUACUUCCGUGCAUGUGCAAAGCGCAAUUUAGCGCUUCUGCACAUGCGCGAGCCCCGAAACCCGGAAGUAACCCGUUCCAGUACUUCCGGGUUCGGUGCGGUGCGCAACCCGAAACACACAACCUGAAGCAUCUGUAACCCGAGGUAUGACUGUACUCACCUGGCUUUUAAACAAUUAUUUUAAAAAUGCAAAUACAUUUGCAUGCUAUCAAGACCUCAGAGCUACUACCUUAGAUCAAUUAAAAAGCUCCUACCCCUUGCUAGACAGAGUGCCAAAAUCCCACCAUUGAAAAGUGAUCUGGUAAAAUGUGACCUUGUGGAUAAAACUUAAUAACUGAGUCCUUAGUGGGCUGAUCUAUCAGCAUAAAGCUUGCGGCCCAGUCAAGAAGCUGCUUUCUUGCUGCUGCUUAGCUUAUGGGGCUCCUCUUCACCCAAUGAACGCAGCCUGGCUUCGCAGGGUGAGUCUUGUGGCCACCCCUAUCCCAAGGCUGCCUCCCCAGAAUAGCAGAAGACGUCUCUGUUGGCAGGAGAGAGCUAUUGACAGAGUUUUUGGCUGACCUCUUGGACCCUGAAGCCCGAUCUUUGGAGGGGCCAGGCAGGCCUUUGUCCUGCCCUGGCCAGUGGUCAGUGAACUCCACUGAGGCUUUUCAGUGCCUCUUCUCCUCCAUAGAGGAGCAGCUGGCCGUUGAUUCUCUCCCGUGUCCAGAUUCACAUUCUUCUGUCGAGGGCUUGUCAGGGGAGAAAGGGACGCGGAGGAGGGGGCUAUUCAUUCUUCUUAAAUGGGAGGGGGACAGAGGCAUUAUUUGACUGAGUGGAUUGCUUUUGGGUCAGAAGAGCCCCUGCAUGGCUCUGCCUUAAUAUGACCCUCUAUCAAAGGAAGAUUUAGGGCUGUUUCUUCUUCUUUUUCUGCUGCUCUCUCUCUCUCUCUCUCUCUUUGCUAGCACUCUGUGCUGCUCACAAAGAGGCCAGAGAGAGCUCCCAUUUCAGCAGGACAAUAAGUUCUGUCCUGCAUUCCACCAGCUGGACUCCACAUCCAUGCCAGAGAUUAUUCUGCUUUGGGGGUGAGCUUGCUUAGACAAAGACAAUGUCUGCUACGCUAGGUAGGAAGAUAAGUAAAUUUGGUUUUUUCAUCACACAUCUAGGGCCCUUGUGAUUCCACAGUAGCCAAUGCUGGCUUUUCAAACAAUUUGGAAAUAGUUCAUUUUAGUUAUUUCAGACAUUAUGGUAUGACACUAGCACCAAAGGUGGUAGUUUUAUAUCGUGCAAACAUUUCUGGAAAUCAAAGCCUCUUUGGAACAUUGGAAGCUACCUUAUACAGUGGUACCUCAGGUUACAUACGCUUCAGGUUACACACUCCGCUAACCUAGAAAUAGUGCUUCAGGUUAAGAACUUUGCUUCAGGAUAAGAACAGAAAUCGGGCUCCAGCGGCACGGCAGCAGCAGGAGGCCCCAUUAGCUAAAGUGGUGCUUCAGGUUAAGAACAGCUUCAGGUUAAGAACGAACCUCCGGAACGAAUUAAGUACUUAACCCGAGGUACCACUGGAUUGGCAAGGUUCACACAUCAAGCUAAGUCAGAGAUCCUGGCUCCAUAAGCCAGUAUGUGGUAUGGGCAGCCCCUUUGGUAUUCUUUUAUUCCCCAUGAUUGUGCAAACAGCAAAAUAAGCCAGGGUCAGCACUUCCUGUUAUGUGCAAACCUGGAAACCAUUGGUUGGGAAGCCAAGCUUUAACCAUGGCGUCAUAUCAUGCCUUGAUUCUAAGCCAUUAGUUAUCAUUUCCAGGUUCUCAUGCAAUGGGAAACUUGGUUAGUGCUUAAUCCUGGCUUGUGUUGCUACUUGCACGAGGGGAUAAGCAAAGGGCCCCUCCCUGCAGACACACAUGGUUUUUUGUUUUUUGUUUCAGAUUCAAUCUUUAUUGGUUUAUAAACAACACACACACACAAAACCACAACACAUAACUCACAAAUAAAAAGAAAACAAAACAAUACAACGUGAAACACAAAAAUAUUUCAGCCAUCAACUUCCGCCCUUCUUGGUGUGGGUUCUUUGUUUCCUUAUUGCUUGCCUCUGUUUUCAAUAAACUUAGCCUGUAUUAAAUAUUAUUUGUGUUCUUUAUACAGUACCUUAUACAAUUCCAAGAGUUAUUCAAAGCAUUCUAAAGUUUUAAUGUGGGGACAAUGUUCUUUUUAAAUAUUGCCUAUAAAUCUCCCAUUCCUUUAAAAACUUUUGGGUCGAUCGAUCCCUGAUCUUUUCCGUCAUAUUCACUAUUUCCAUAUAUUCCAGCAGUUUAACUUGCCACUCCUCUUUUGAUGGGAUUUUAUCUCCUUUCUGUCCCAUGGCAAUCAGCAUCCUUGCUGCUGUUGUUGUGUACAAAAGAACCCUUCUUUUCUCUCUUGGGAUGUCUGUUGCCAUAAUGCCUAAGAGGCUUCAGGUUUUUUGGUAAAUGUUAUUUUGAACAGUUUUUUUUAAAAUUCAUUGUAUAUAAGUUCCCAAAAGCUCUUCAUUUUUUUACAACCCCACCACAUGUGGUACAUUGUUCCCUCUAGUUCUCUACACCUCCAGCAUAAAUUUGAGUUGGUUUUGUGCAUUUUUGCCAGUUUGCUGGGGGUGAUGUACCAUCUGCAUAGCAUCUUCAUAAAGUUUUCUUUUUAAAGUAAAGCAAGCUGUAAAUUUCCGUUCAUUUCUCCGUAAGUUUUCCCAUUCCGCCAUCUGUAUAUUACCGUACUUUUCCGUGUAUAACACGCCCCCUAUUUUUGGGGACUCAAAAUUAAGAAAAUGGGGGGGGGGAGAUUCCUGAAGUUGUGGAGGUUUUUUGGGGAGCAUUGCCCACUCCCAUCGCCGAAAAAAUGAGCAAAUUGCCCACCCAAUUGCCGCAGCGAUAGCCAAUCGACAACAGUCCUUGCAGCAGCCACCAAUAACAACCUCCAACUCGCGGCAGCAACCAAUCCCAUGGCCCCACAAUGUAUAAGACGACCCCUGAUUUUGAGCAUGAUUUUUGAAUAAAAAACCAUAGUCUUAUACAGUGGUACCUCGGGUUACAUAUGCUUCAGGUUACAGACUCCGCUAACCCAGAAAUAGUGCUUCAGGUUAAGAACUUUGCUUCAGGAUGAGAACAGAAAUUGUGCUCCGGCAGUGCGGCGGCAGCAGGAGACCCCAUUAGCUAAAGUGGUGCUUCAGGUUAAGAACAGUUUCAGGUUCAGAACGGACCUCCGGAACGAAUUAAGUACUUAACCCGAGGUACCACUGUACAUGAAAAAGUACAGUAUAUCCGAAGUCCUUUGCCCCCUGAACCAUAGCCACUAUUUUACCUCCUCUUCUUUUACUUCCCAAUCUAGCAAUGACCUGUACAUUUUGGAAAGUCACCUGUCUUUAUUUUUUAAUAGACCUUUCUCUGAUUCCAAUGUUUCUGCCGCAAAGCCAAUUUUUUUGUCUACCUUAAAGGUGUCAUCCAAUUGGUGAUAGCGUAACCAGUCUGUUACAGUACAGUAGUACCUCUGGUUACAUUACCUUUGGGUAACAUAAUUUUGGGUUGCAAAUGCAGCUCUGCACGCUUCGCGCAUGAGUAGAAACGCUCUAUCACGCCAUGCGCAGAAGUGGCGCCUCUGGAUACGUAUUUUUCGGGGUAAGUACGGACCAUCGGGACGAAUUAAGUUUGUAUCUGGAGGGUCCACUGUACGUGUUACUUGUGCAUGCCCUGGCUUAAUGUUGCUCCUGAAGGAGGAGGUCACUGAGCCCAGCUAACACAAAACUGCCGGUUCUUGAGUGGCAGGAGCUCUCCAAGGAUGUGGGAAAAGACAUGUCUUUCCCAUCACCUCCUAGUAUCUAAUCCUUUUAAUUAGAGAGGCUGCCAGGAAUUGAACCUGGAAGAAACUUCUGCAUGCAAUGCAUGCGCACGGCCACUGAGCUGCAGCGCCUCCACCACUGGAUCUUGAGUGCCUCAAGGCUGCCACCAUAUACAACAGUCUUCCCCAACCUGGGGGGAGUGCUGCCUAGGGAUGAUGGCAGUUGUAGUCCAGAAUCUCUGGAGGACACCAGGUUGUAGAAGGCUGAUUUACAGCAGCAUACCUGGGUUUGCCACUGCUCACUUAGGGUAUCCUUAUGCCAGCCUAUGUGUGAAAAAUGCAUUACAUAAAAAUGACUGUCAGAUGAGUGCCCGGGAGAGCACUGGCACAAGCAGGGGCCUUGGCAAGUCAUUUCAUGCCUGGGGCAGCACCUGCAAAUCCCUGUGUUCCUAUUUGUUAGUUUAGUUCUCCCAAUGCCACCGAGGAGGUCUUUUAAGAGAGAAGGGGCAAGGAAGGCUUUUGUACUCCUGGUGAGAACCCUAAAACAGGCUCUUGAUCACAGAGUGAAGCUUUGUAGACAGCAUAGUCCCCACGCUGUUAAUAAAAAUCUCCUAUGAUUUUUAUACCAGCCUCAUGAAUUUAAGAUUCCUGUUGUUUUCCAUCAUUUAAUUGGACACUGCUUAGCCUUUAUUAUCAGAAGCUGAAAUGGAUUUGAAAUGCUGUCGUAGGGAAGUUUAAUUUUUAAAAAACCCUUUUCUCUUUCUCACUCCACUCAAUAGUUCUCUCCGUUGUUUUCAGUCCUGACAAGUGUCUUUUUUAGUGGUGGUUUGUAGCCAGUGCUAUUUUUCUAGAAAAAGAGGUGCUGGGACUCACCAUGAGCCUCCCUUGUUCUCUUGGAAAGGCGCCCACCUGAGAAGUGCCGGAACUGAGUUCUGGUGAGUUCCGGAUGAAAAAAGGGCCCUGUUUGUAGCUUUCUGUGGCUGUUUUCAGUCUGAUCAACCUCUUUUACCCGGCGGAAACCUUGUCGUGUUAAAAAGCGUGUCAGACUCCUGGCUCUCUGCCAGCGGACAUGAUGGGCUGCAGCAGACGCCUACAUGGAUCUUUAUCCUCCCUCACACAAACUAUGUAUUGUUUUGAUUUGGCUUAAUGGAUGCUUUACGAAGGGAUUUCAGUCUGGCUCCUAGCCAGCCUCUUGCUCUUCUACCCUUCAAAGCAAAAAGACUGUAACUCAAAAGGAACCAGGCACGUGGGCAUGAUUUUGGGGCUCUGUGUCGGACUUUGCUGCUUGCUCACUCUGCAGCAGGAACAUGGGAGUUUGGUUUUGGGAGAAGGGUAUUGCCUGCCCCUUUGUUUGUGCUUGGCAUUCCAGGAUUAAAAGGCUGUGUUUGGGUUGUGCCCAUUCCUCGGGAAUUGUGGGUCAAAUUCUUCCGUUUCUCCUGAGCUGCUCCAAGGCAUGAAGUCAACCCUGUUUUUUUCAUCCAGAUGUUGCGGACAACAACUCCCAUCUGCUCAGUACUGACUUAAGUAGUGAAUUUCCUUUCUCCUUCCCCUUCCCCUUCCCCUUCCCCUUCCUCUUCCUCUUUCUCUUUCUCUUUCUCUUUCUCUUUCUCUUUCUCUUUCUCCUUCUCUUUCUCCUUCUCCUCCUCCUCCUCCUCCUUCUCUCUCUCUCCAUGUGCAUAAUUUGGGCUGCAGUUCCAAGUUUUCAGGAAACCUAGGCUGGUUUGCCUGUGCAUUGGAUAUUACCUUUGCAAUUGUCUCAUGGGUUGCUUUUGGCUUUUAUUUGGAGUGGAAGAAUUUUGAGCUCCUGAAAAUCUGAAUUGAGGAGGAGCCUAGAGGGCCAUGAAGGGCACUCAGUUGCUGUGGUGCAUUUUAUUACCAUGCUGCAGAAUGUUACAUUCAGCAAUUGGCUGGAGCGGAUGUUGCCUGAUGGAGAAGAUGAUGCAUCUUUCUACUUCCCACAGCAGCCCUUUGAGAUCUGGCUCUUCCCUCAGCUGUUUAUGAGCUACUGUCAAAAGGUUUGGGAGCACAAUACAUACAGCCAUGUGGGUCUUGCAUCGAUUUUGGAAAGGGGUUCUUGCCGAGGCACAGGAAAACUUGGGAGUGUGGAGGCCCAGAUCAAAGCAGGUGGAGGUCUGUGGCAAUUGGAGGUCUUCUCUGCUGCAGGACAUGAAAAGCACAGCCGGCUGCAGAAGGUGGAGCCUGCCUGCCUGCGGUAACCUUGAUGUUCUGCUUUAUAAAUAACUGGAGUUGUGGUGGCCAACAUGAGAUGGUUUAAAACAGGGCUUGGCAAAAAAAAUUAGCCGCGGGACGGUCCACUGUCCCUUAGACCUUGUGGUGGGCCAGAGAAGCGGCACGGGGCAGGGAAGCUGGAAGAAGAGGCGAGGGGGGCAAGUAGUCCUCCGCCCCAGCCCCAGCUGCUACGCUUAACUUCCCUGGGGCUACCGCUGCCGCUUCUGCUUCUCGUGGGUAGGCAGAGCGAGCUCGUCCACUCCACUCUCUGGCACCAGGGUGACGGUGGUGGUGGAGGGAAGAUGAGUGGCACGAAAGGGGCUGCUUAAAAUGGCGUUCAGCCAGCCCCCUUCCUCCUCUAGGCAGGGCGGGGAGAAGCCAGGGGGGGGGGGAGGCGCCGCCAUGGUGUGUGUGAGGGAGGUCGGCAAUGGAAUGGCACAGAAAAAAAAAUGGUGCAGCCCAAAUGAACAGAAUCCCCACCCCAAUCCAUGGACAGUCCGUGGGCCGGAUCCUGAAGGCAAUUGGGCCUGAUCCAGCCCACGGCCCUUAGUUUGCCGACCCCUGGUUUAAAAUAAGAGAUUCAUGCCAUGUAUUAGCAGGGCUUGAGUGUCUCCACAAUACAGCUCUGUAGUAGUAAGUAGAUUAAAAAUGAUUUGCAGGUGUCCUCCAAGGAGACCUGUGUUGCAGUUUUAAACAAAAUCCUCAUUUCAUAUGAAAUAGGAUCAGAGUAGAAUGGCAGAUUCCUGGGCAGAACCCUGCAGAACAAUCGCUGCCAUUUGUUCCUGGGCUGCUGCCUGCCCCAUCCUUGAUUCCUGCUUGUGUUCUGUGGGAGGAAGGAAGCUGCUUGCUUCUUGGUUCACUGUUCUCAGAGAGUAUUUUGCCACUCUAGGGGCAGAAGAACACAAGCCUGCUGUGCUCUGGUGGCUUUUUGAUAGCAGUGGAACUGAGAGCUUUGCAAAUAAGACUCAAGAGCUCUGGCUGUGUUUCCUGGGGCUCCUGGUUGUUCUUUAACGUGCCUGGGAAACAUCUGUGGUUCUCCAGAUAUUGCUGGACUCGCAACUCCCAGCAUAACCAGAAAUGAUAGGAGAUGGAAUUCAGCAACAGCUGGCCCCAGGUGUCCCCCGCCCCAGUUGGCCUUCCACAGAAGAACACCCAAGUAGAUUGUGCCCAUGGUGGGCUAUCUCUGUCUGGAACCCCCAGUAGCAUCUGUUACUAAGGUAGCCUCUUCUUGCCAUGUGGCUGAGGGACAAGGGUGGCAACCCUUUUUGGCCCAAGGGCUACAUUCACACUGGGCCAACCCUUGGGGGGGCAGUAGAUGCCACUGGUGUGUGUAGCCACCCACACACUCUCAGGCACACACACACACACACACACACACACACGCAAGAUGUACGUAGCAUGCCCCUCCCUCAGCUGAUCUGUACUUAUCAAUUGAUCUGAUGUCUGGUGAGGAGAUGUUUUGCCUCUUGCAUCACGCUCUGCAGAGGUUUAAACCAGCACUGUGUCUAUCUGAAUUGAUUUUCUCUUUUUGUUGCACUGGAAUCAUUUGGUUAGCCAGCUCCUCUUGUAGGAGCACUUCUGCCAUUGGUGGGGAUUACACAGACCUUUCCCCCUUCAGCCUUCUGCUGCAACCUGAUGUUGCUGGUCUACAACUCCCAUCAACUGCAGGAGCUGAUGUAACCAGUGGUCUUGUGGCAAUGAGUUCUACAAGCUUAUAACACCUUCAUAUCCCCUAUGUUGAGGCUGCGGCCUCUUAUUUCUCUUAGAUGACAGCCUUUGGCGACUAGUUAGGGCUUCAUUUCUUAAUAACAUCAAAACAUUCUGUUGUGCUUAUUGUGAAAUGAGUAAAUACAUUUAUUUUAUUUGAAAACCUUCUGUGGUUAUGCAAACCUGUAAUAAUUAAAACAGAGCCCACAUGUUAUUGUCUACAGCCUUAAAUACUGUUUUCUUCAUUUGCUAGAGCUUAAGGUCCUGUCCGGCCCAAUUGCCUUCUAAAUCUGGCCCACAGACAGUCCGGGAAUCAGUGUGUUUUUACAUGAGUAGAAUGUGUCCUUUUAUUUAAAAUGCAUCUCUGGGUUAUUUGAGGGGCAUUGAAAUUCAUUCAUUUUUUUCCUUCAAAAUAUAGUCCGGCCCCCCUCAAGGUCUGAGGGACAAUGGACCGGCCCACAGCUGAAAAAGUUUGCUGACCCCUGAACUAGAAUCAUAGAAUUGUAGAGUUGGAAGGGACCCUGAGGGUCAUCCAUCCUAACCCCCUGCAAUGCAGGAAUCCUGUCCACAGCUGUCCCUGCGUGGGCUCAGACUAUCAGCCUUCUGGUUAACAGCCAGGUGCAGUGACCCGUUGUGCCACCUCCAGGCGCUUUUCUUAAUUUUUUUUAUAUGCAUAAAACAUAUUUUGUGCAUGCCAGCUGACUAGAUUCUCCCAAAGCAAACAGAGAGAAAAACCCCACGACCCAAAAGGGGUGCAUCACAAUAGGACUAACGCAGUUCAUUUGCUAAAGACUUAAAGAAUAAUUCCAACCAAACCAGUGGAGAAGGCAGGGGUGUGUUAGAAGAGUGAAAAGCAGCACUUUGGUUGCUGCCCCCGUACCCUAGGGGCCCAAUCCUCCAGGCGCAUCUUCCUUCCUUGCAGGAGGAGCGGAGCAGGCGCUCCUUCCUUGCUCCCUUCUUCACUCCCCACUUGUUCGAGGGGGCGGGGGCAAGUGACUUUGUCCCCAAAGGGUCAACGGACCCACUCGCCUUUCCGUUCCCUUUCCCCUUCUCUGCUCUCCUGAGAGGGCAGCUGACAUAUGGUUAAGAAGUUAAAUUUCAUUCUGUUGCAGAGCCUCUCAGUGGUUUAAACCACUGCACAGGACAGAGGAGGCUGCUGGGGGGGCGGGGAGAGAGAACUGGCUGAAGCAGCCUUUGUGUCCUGCAUCCUCUCCCCCCCUCAGCCUUUCGCUUUGCUGCGAUCAGGCCCUGCAAAGAUUUGUCCAGGGCAAAGGUGAUGAAUUGAGCCUAGCAGGAGGGACAGAUGGCCAGAAUCCUCUCUCAUUAUUGCAUCUGGAAUCCCCGCCCCCCCCUCGCUAUUUAUUGAUGAAAGCUUUGUGUAAUUACCUCUCUACGCAAGGCAGAUUUAUGCCCCUUCACAGCUCAAAGAAAAACACAAUGUGGAAAACAAGAGUCAUUUGGGCUUUGAUCAUGAUUUCACAACGCCCUGACUCACAGCUCUUGCAAAGGUGCUCAGGGUUGCCACUGGCAGAGCGCAUGAGGGUACACAUCGCCUCUGGCCUCCUUGCCAUGCUGAGAUAUACCAGUUCCAAACAGCAGCAUGUUGCUCUAGAUCACACCCAGGCUGCCUCCUCCUUUUCCCAAGAGGAGAAGCCUUCUGGUUUCUUACCCAGUCCCACUUGCUUUGUGAUGUUUUGCUUACUGGUGGGACAGAGUGAUGUAGGAGCUCACCCUGGCCUCUUCUACCUUUAUGCUGCCUGAAACAGGAUGGGGACUGCAGGACAGGACUGUUUGCAAAACCAUGUGCCUCUUUCUGGCACUAAAUCCAGUGCUCGUCCAUCUGGCAUUCUCCUUCAAAAAAAUAAUAAUCAGAAAUUAUAUUGCUCUUCAUUGUGCAGUGGCUGAGCUUUUGCUUAUCUGCCAGCACAAGUUGCCCCCUCUGCUGCAUCCUUGGGAGGCACCAAACAGCCUCUAGUCUUCCUUGCAGGCCCAGGAACUCCUAAGCAAUGAAAAUGACUCUUCUGGGCUUGUGUAAGGGUCUUCAGUUGCCUCCCCUUCAAUAAGUUUUUCACGCAUGCUCAGGAGACUUUUUCUUUUCUUUUAAUGAAUGCACUUGCAUUGUCUCUUGCUGCCUUUGCAGAGGUUCCCCUGGGCCCUCCGAAUACAAAGGGGAAGGGGAGCAGAGGGGCUGUGCCUGCAAGGUGCUGGUGCAAUCCCAUUGACUCCCAGGGCUCAGGGCUUCGUAUUGUGAUCAGGGCAGUUUGCAGCAAAAAGUGGACAGCUCAUGCAUCUGUUCCUUGGGGUUCGGCCACACACAAACUACCGAAAAAUAUUUAAAAUGGAAAGGAGUGGGUCAUUUUCCUCUGUCUGCCCCUGAAUGUCUUUGAACAUGCCAAAGAAGCAGGUGAAGAGGAAAUGCCACUCAUCUUGGGCUUCCUGUUGCCUCCACACCUCUCUGAUUUGUCCAGAAUGGAACAUUUGUGUUUUCCCUUUUGGGGAUAGCCAUACGUGUUCCGCAUCUAGCCAGUGUGAGCAUCUACAGUGGUACCUCGGGUUACAGACGCUUCAGGUUACAGACUCCGCUAACCCAGAAAUAGUACCUCGGGUUAAGAACUUUGCUUCAGGAUGAGAACAGAAAUCGCGCGGCAGCAGCGGGAGGCCCCAUUAGCUAAAGUGCUGCUUCAGGUUAAGAACAGUUUCAGGUUAAGAACAGACCUCCAGAACAAAUUAAGUUCUUAACUUGAGGUACCACUGUAUAUCUAUAUUCUAUUGUGUGAGCAAUAUGUGGGUGUUCUCAUGGUAAUACAUAACCCAGUCUUGAAAUUGCUGCUUCUUAUACAGAGUCAAACUUUGUCCAUCUAGCUCACUGUUGCCACUCUAAAUUGACUGACAGUGGCUCUGAAUCUUGGACCUUUUGUAUGCAAAACCACUGAGUUAUGCAGCCUUCCCUUAAAAAUAGAGAGAGCUUCUAGUCCUCAUGGUUCUGAACAAAGCACUUUAUUUCAAAAGCCACAUUUCCACAAUGCGGUUGAGCUCUUUAAGUCCUUCCCCCUCACCAGGGAUCCCUGGGAACUACAAUUCCAGAAUGGGACAUGGUAAUUGUGAGCUGUCAAGUCCUAGGAAACGCAAUUUGGAGGGCUUGUUCUGUGUGCUUUGCUCAUCUGCCUGGACUAGAUUGUAAUAAUAAUAAUAAUAAUAAUAAUAAUAAUAAUAAUUUAUACCCCAGUUUCACCAGCCACUCUGGGCAGCUCCCAAUCGAGUUUUAAAAACAAUACAGCAUUAAAUAUUAAAAACUUCCCUAAACAGGGCUGCCUUCACAUGUCUUUUAAAAAUAGGAUAGCUGCUUAUUUCCUUGACAUCUGAUGGGAGGGCGUUCCACAGGGCGGGUGCCACUACCGAGAAGGCCCUCUGUCUGGGAAGGGGGUCAGCUGUGGCUGCUGGUGUUUCCCAGCAGGCAGGGGGAAAUGAUCCACAUAUGAGAUCAAUUUCUGGUGAUUUGUGCAUGCGCUGGGCAGGUGAGAGGGAACUGCUGAAAUGCAGGUUUAAUAUAAUCUUGGCAAAUGGGUUAGUGAGACUUUAGGAGGCACUUGGAAGAUGCAGAGCUGAUUUCCCAACAGCAUUUUCCGCAAGGGGAAAAGUGUUUCUGGCUGGUAUGCAUUGGGCAAUCCUGGUGUUUGGAUAUAGCUCUGGACCAUGCCCCCCCCCCUAAAAUGUUGCUGCUUGUUGGCUGGGAUGCCUCCCAUCCUUGUACAAGGGGAAUUGAAAAUGCGUGGACAAGUCCAGAGAACCUCAGAUGCUGUGAUGGGGAGGGGUGAGAAGAGCUGAGCAGGGGUGGCUUCCAGAGCUUGGGGGGUGGGGCGUGGGGGUGUCAGGAUAGGGCUUCACUAACUUGCAUUGCUCCUUCCCCUCCUUGUGAUUAGCUAAAUUAGUCUUCACCAGCCUGGUGGCUUCCAGAUGUUUUGAACUGCAGCUCCCAGCAGUCCUGGCUAGCAUGGAAAACAAAACAAAACAAAACAUCUUAAACAGUUAGCUAGUUGAAACUUGGUUUUAAUCCAUUUUAAAUCUGCAUGCGUUUCCAUAAGAAUGCAAGAAGAAUCUUGUGGGAUGAGGCCAAAGGUCCACCAAGUCCAGCAUCCUGUCAUCACAAUGGCCAGUCAGAUGUACCCCACUUAGAAGCCUGCAAGCAGGAUCCAAGCAUAACAUCAGCAUCCUUCAUAAGAUGGAAACAAGAGCUCUGAAGACAAAAAGCAUACUUGGUUUUUAGAUGGCACGUGGAUGCAUAUUGCAGCAGGUAUCAUCUUAGAAGAUGAUAUUCUAAUAAUAUAUUUAUAUGGUUUUAUUGCUUGUGAUUUUAGACUGUCUUGGGGGGCGAGUUGUGUGGCUGAAAAACAACCUACAAAUUCUGGGAAUAUAUACAUCCCAUCUGGUGUGAAAGUGAAGAGAGAAUAGUUCCUUGAAGGCGCUGCCAGACACCUGCAGUUUUUAUAUGUACCUACCUUAAAAUUGAGUGACUUUAAAAGUUUUGCCCAAUUCAUAGGGAAUGAAAGAUAGAUAGAUAGAUAGAUAGAUAGAUAGAUAGAUAGAUAGAUAAGUGGCUUAUAAGCAAACCCUUUUUUACACAGUACUUUAAGGUACUGUCAAUUACAGUGUGCCUUACAUCUUUGUCAAGAACGUUUUUCCUAAUUAUAAAGCUUUUCCUUAUGGUAGCCUUGUUAAACCUUUCAAGAUCCAACACACCACAUUCUUUGAAUUAUUUUAAAAGAAAAUAAAACAAAUAUAUUCACAUGACUAUUUGACAGAAGAGUAUAUGAACCAUGAAAACCACAAUGAAUUUUUUGGAGACAAUUUAUUUGGCAACACCAAAUAAACAAGACUUCCAGAAAUCUAUUUUGUCCAUACCCUGUUUUGUUUUGUUUUAAAUCUUAAAUAAUAUGUUAAUUUUUGCAUUGGAGCUAAUUCCCAAAGCUUGCUUAGCCACUCAGUACUCUGAGGUGAUAUUUGAGCCUUCCAUUUCUGGGCAAACAACAUUCUUGCUGCUGUUAAAUAGAUCAAAAGCAGCCACCUCCAACCUAGUGUUGCUCUCCAGAUGUUUGGGACCACCCCUCUCACCAACCCCAGCCAAGAUGGCUGUGUGAUGCUGAGACGGAUGGGAGUGGUAGUGCAAUAACAUCUGGGAGACACCAGGUUGAGGAAGGAUGAUCAAACGGAUGGAUCGAUUAAUACAAAAACACUGAACCCAAAACUUUUCUUGCUGAAGCAUCAUUCCUUUUCCAUUGUGGGGGCCAAGGCUGUUGGCAGCCGGGUGACAAGAGGCAACAUUGGCUGCUGCUACUUCAUCUAUUUCAUGAGCUCCCUGCCCUCCCAAGCGCUGCAGCUCUGAGCUGCCUAAACCAAAACACGAGUUGUCUGGGUGAUUCCCUUUUCCAGGCAGUUGCCCACAAGGGACUGGUCUGAAAACAUGGCGUGUAUUUUAUUUCUGAAUGAACCCAGAUGUGGACAGGACUCAAGAGGGGGAAAGGAAAAUAUAUUAACGCUCCGCCAUAGCAACAACUAUCACUCACUGUGUUUAUGUUACAGUAGCACCACUGAUUGAUUGAUGCUGCUAUAAAGCAAACUCUUGGGAGAACAUUUCUUCUUAUAAACAAAAAAUAAAUAAGGAACAAGAGAGAGGGGGGAAGGCUGUGGAGAAUGACAGAUAUAUUUGGGCAGCAUCUAUGUUUACCCCAGCAACCCUGUUCCUCCAGUCUUUCCACUGUGAACCAUCUGACAGCCAGAGCCCAUACCUUGUUCCCUGAACCCUGAGGAGGAGACACCUUUGCUGCUGGACUCAGGCACCUGGGAGGGUCAGGAGAGCCCUGAGUAGCUUUCUCCAAGGCAGUCCCCACAGCUUGAAAAACCAGCCGCUGCAGACAAGGGCACCAGCACUUUAACUGGACAGAUGGUGCAUGGGUGCAGGGGCUUCUAUCUUGACUCCCUGCCCAGACUAGAGAGUUCUGCUGGUUGCUCCAAGAUGUUUCUGAGACAACUUGCCUCGGUUGCAGGACAGCUUAGCUCAAGUCCUUAACUAGCACCUUAGUCCUCAUUCAAAACCUGGCUUGGCCUCUGUUCCAGAACCUAGAGCCUAUUGAUCUCAUAACACCCACCCAAGAAGAGCCCUGCUGCAGCAAGAUCAGACCAAAGGGGGGACCCACUGUUGAAUAGUUUGUUUAAAUGUUAGGGUUCAUUAUUGUUUCACAGGAUGUGUACCGCUUUAAAAGCCAGGGUCAUAUCCUGACCUAGUUUUUACAGCUGUGUAGCAGGUGCUGAUAAGUCACUGUAAUUAGCUGUGUCAGCAAUUGUGAAUGAUAUAUAAUGUGCAGUAUGUACCUUACUCUGCCCUGGUGGGUGGGUGGGUGACGAUUAUAGACACUAUGUAAGAUGUGUGUUUGGGAAGUUGUUAUUAAAUCUUGCAAAGAUAUCUUUGCGUCUCUUCAGUGUUUCCAUCUGUGUGGUCUACUCUGCACGCACUCUGCGACAUGUUUCAAUGCCCAAUACCCAGUGGCUCUGGCGGGGGGGCGGAGAGUGGGCGUGGCUGGUGGGCGUGUGUCCCGGGGGCGUGGUGUGGUGCCCUCAGGGGCAUAACGCCCAGCCCAUGGGGGGCAGCCCCACUGGGAUCGUGAUGCCAGGGGUGGUGCACUCCCUCCGCACCCCUGUUCCUCCGCCAGUGCCAAUACCCACCUGUUGCAACACUCUGUUUUCACAAUGGCCAACCAUAUAGCAUUAGGGGAAGGGUGAAAGUAGGACCUGAACGCCACAGCAGCACUCUCCCCACCUGUGACUCCCAACAACUGGUAUUCAGAGGCAUUCCACCUCUGGCAGUGGAGGUGGUGGAACAUAACCAUCAUGGCUAGUAGCCAUUGAGAGCCUUGUCCUCUUCCAUGAAUGAGGUUGUCUUAAUCCUCUUUUGGAGCCAUCCAAGUUUGCCAUCACUGCCUGUCUGGGAAGCCAGUUCCAUAGCUUUAAUACUCUGUGUGAGAAAGCACUUUAUUUUGCUAGUCCUGAAUCUCCCAACAUUCAGCUUCACUGCCGUGGCCCCACUUCACAUUCUUAUAUACCUCCAUCAUGUCUCCUGUAACUCACAUGUUUAAAAAACUAAAAAACAACAACACCCUUUCCUCGUAGGGCAGUUGCACCAUCCCCUCGAUCGUUUUGGUUGAACCUUUUCGAGCUCUACAAUAUCUAUUUGGGAGUGAAGUGACCAAAAUUGUACACAGUAGUCCAAGUGCAGGCACACCAAAAUGAUCAAGGUGAUAUUAGCAGUUUUCUUUCCAAAUUCAUUUAUUAAUUAUUUCUAACAUGGAAUUCACCUUAUUCACAGCUGCUACGCAAUAAAUUUUUCAUUUAAAAAUCUCAUAAAGUGGCUCAUGAUAUACAUUAUAAACAUUAAGUAACAAUAAGUAAGAACAGUCAAAAUAUCCAGAUAGUCACACCACCUACUUUUAGUAACAACCACAGCCAGAGCAACAACAAAGAUCUCGGUAUCGACAGUCAGGAGAUGGUCAGGUAAACAGAAAUGUCUCUAUUGGCCGCCACACUCAUGUAGGGUAGCAUUGCAAACAGCUCACAAAGUUUAUGCACAUCUAUGUUACUAAAUUAAGUAGCAGACAAUAUAUUAUCUCUCUGUGCUUUGAUUCUGAAAUUCUUGCAAGUUUGUGGCUCCCUUUUAAGGAGUCAAAUGUAAUCUGCUCCCCGUUCUCCAAAGACUUAUUUGCAUUUGUAUUUUUAGAUAUGAAGGGCCUUAUUCCUUUGGUGUUUUUGUUUGUAAAGCCCAGUAAACUGAGAAUCAAGCUGUGUUGCCCAGAGAUAAGCCCCAAGUUUUUCAGUCCUGAUUUGAAAAGCAGUGGCUCUUGAAGAAAGCUUAGGGGAAACUCCUGCUCAAGGAAAUUAAAUCAAAUGUCUGUUAAUCGUAAAGGUAAAGGUAAAGGUACCCCUGCCCGUACGGGCCAGUCGUGUCCGACUCUAGGGUUGUGCGCCCAUCUCACUUAAGAGGCCAGGGGCCAGUGCUGUCCUCAGACACUUCCAGGUCGCAUGGCCAGCGUGACGAAGCUGCUCUGGCGAGUCAGCACCAGCGCAGCACACAGAAACGCCGUUUACCUUCCCGCUAUAAAGUGGUACCUAUUUAUCUACUUGCACUUAGGGGUGCUUUCGAACUGCUAGGUGGGCAGGAGCUGGGACUGAAAGACGGGAGCUCACCCCACCGCGGGGAUUCGAACCACCGACCAUACGAUCGGCAAGUCCUAGGCACUGAGGUUUUACCCACAGCGCCACCCGCGUCCCUCUGUUAAUCAUAUCAUGUGCCAACUCCCAGACCACUCUCCCAAUCGAGGGACCGUUAGAUGUCCCUUUCUGAGUCUUGGUUGCAAUAAAGGUGGGGGGGACGACCCAUAAGGAAAAGUCAUUUCCAUGGGGCUGGCCAAUAAGUGCUUCACAGUAGUUUUCAUGCCAGGAAACAUUGCAUGUGAUGAACACUUUUUACUAAAGAUAAAUUGCAUACCAUAAAGCGGUAUAAAGCAAUUUCUGCAGCAAUGAAGUCUGUGGGCCAAACUGGUCAGCAACUUUCAGUCCCCUUGAGUCAAAUUCUGCCCACUUGGAACCCUCUUAGUUGUCAGCCUGGUGAGGCAAAAGAGGUGUGGUGCCAUCUGUGGCAAGAGGCUUAGCUGGUUGGCAGUCGGGUGAUGGGAUCAGAGGCUGGGAAUGACCCCAGUGUGGUUCCAUUGGUAGCCUGUGGCAGAAAAGUAAAAUGUUGCAACAGAAUUUGGACCAUCACUGCUAUCUCGAGUGGCCCUGUGGGAAAAUGAGUGGCUGAUUGGUCUACUCUGUCUUCCAAUAAACUGAGCCUUGAGGCACCAUUUUGUUUCCCUGUCCUUAAUGUUUGUUUUCUAUGCUGUGUGACCUUGCAUUUAUUGCCUGUGACUUAUCAGUCUUAGGGCUUGUAGAUUUGCAGCUUAAUGUUGCAGAUAAGGUAGUCCUGUAGCGCUUGCAACCCAGGACAAGGAAGAAAGGGCAGCUUCUUUUUGUGGGGGCUUUUCCUCUGCUACCAGGUGCAGCUUUCUACGUAGAAAAGUGAGUUGGGUUUUCUUUCCCUGAAAUCUGAUUGCAGGCACCUUUCUCUCAUGCAAUCACUAGCGUAUUUUGGCCCCAUCUGAUUCAUCAAAUGGUUAACCUCCAAGGUUUCUUAGCCAUAAAUCCCACCUGCAGCUUACCUGUCCAGUGCCUCUCAAUAACAUCAGCACUAGGUCUGCAACUUCUUAAUUGACUAAAUCACUUUUUAAAAUACAGUGGUACCUCAGGUUACAGACGCUUCAGGUUACAGACUCCGCUAACCCAGAAAUAGUACCUCGGGUGAAGAACUUUGCUUCAGGAUGAGAACAGAAAUCGCAUGGCGGCAACGCGAGGCCCCAUUAGCUAAAGUGGCACCUCAGACUAAGAACAGUUUCAGGUUAAGAAUGGACCUCCAGAACGCAUUAAGUUCUUAACCCGAGGUACCACUGUACUCUGCUAAAAGGUGUCUCAGUUUAGUGAUAAACUGAAGCCUAUACUCCAGUUUCUUGAAUUUCCCCUCCCCCCUCCCUCAAAAAAUAGGCCUCCAUCUUCCUCUCUUCUAAUUUCAGCGGGUGUGGGGUUUCCUUAUGAGGUGGCCAGGGGCGAUGUGUUUGCGUGUUUUUCUUUGCUUCACCUACCUCUCCAGUAUUUUGUGUCUUCCUUAGCUGCCCACAUUUGCUGGUUUGAAAAAAAAAAGCCUCAUGGGAGGAGCUACUUUAUGGAAAUCUUCUGCUGGACUUUAAAUCAAAGUCCUACAACAAAUGAAACUGAUCUGUAUAAAACAUCACUUGAAAAAAAGAGACAAUGCAUGCAUUUUUGUAAACGACAAAAUCUUUGAUAAAAAUAUUUUUUUUUUAAAAAAAAAUAAAGUUUGGGAAGCUAGGCAGGCUGGAUACUGAGUGAGAUCGCUGUACCUGCUGCUGGUGGUGUUUUUUUUUAAAAAAAUCAAACCAAUAUCUUGAAAAGUAAAAAGUAGAAAAAUGUAGUGAUUUGCACAGUAGACUGUGCCCCUUGCUUCCCUGUGCUUUGCAGGAGAUCCCAGCUAAGGGUGAUGUGGGGUUUUUAGGAAGCGUCUGUGGAAACUGGCAGUAGUACAUUGUCUAUUAACAAAGUGCUGUGUUUUGCUUGUUGUUUUGCUUCAGAACUUACUUGGUUCCUUUUUACUCAUAUGCAAAUGUAAUGCAUGAAUUGAUUGGCUAAUUGACCAAAGGGAUGUGGGCGGUCUAAACCACUGUGCCGCUUGGGCUUGCCGAUCAGAAGGUCGGUGGUUUGAAUCCUCGCGACUGGGUGAGCUCCCGUUGCUCGGUCCCAGCUCCUGCCUACCUAGCAGUUUGAAAGCACAUCAAGUGCAAGUACCGGUGGGAAGGUAAACGGUGUUUCCGUGCGCUGAUCUGGUUCGCCAGAAGCGGCUUAGUCAUGCUGGCCACAUGACCCCGGAAGCUGUCUGCAGACAAACGCUGGCUCCCUUGGCCUAUAGAAUGAGAUGAACAUGCAACCCCAGAGUCGUCUGUGACUGGACCUAACAGUCAGGGGUACCUUUACCUUUACCUAAUUGACCAAAACCCAUAUGACUGAUUGGCUAGGAUUUCUGUAACCCACCCAUUGUAGCAAGAUGUCAUUGCAGUAGCUCUUGUUUGCCUGAAGCAACCUCCUUAGAGCAGCCUGGCUGGGGUUGAUGGGCUUUGUAGUCCAAAACAGCUGGAGGGCACUAGGUUGGAGAAGGCUACUCUAGAGCAUAGUGCAUUUGGGCAGCAUCAAAUGAAAUGGAUGCUUAAUGGAAUUUCAGUUUAGUUGCAAGGAUAUAUCCUUGUGAGACUGGUUCAUUCAUCUGUUGUUUAAAUUGAUCUCUCUUUAGAGGCUGUUUUUCAAAGAAGAAAAGAAUGUGUUCUUCUUAAUAGGAUAAUGUAUUCAUUUUGCUUUUUGCUUGUUUUCUGUCUUAAUUCUCAAGCUUUCAUUUUUCUCCCCCUCUUUUAGCUAUGUCUGCAUUUGAAAUUCAGCCACUUCCAGUGGAGGCACAUGAAGGGAGUGUGGCUCGCUUUGCAUGCAAAAUCUCUGCCAACCCUCCUGCCAUCAUCACCUGGGAGGUGAAUCGGACAACCUUGCCAAUAGCCAUGGACAGGUAUGGAUACUUGGUUCUCUUCCACUAAACCUAUUUAUUACACCUGCCUCUUACCAUUCUUGCAAGAAGUUCAGGGCAGCAGUGUGUGUCAGGGUUGUCCCAUUUUAUUAGGGGACCGAGGUUAGGCUAAGAGAACAUACUGUCACCCAGUGAGCUUAAUGGCUGAGCAGGGAUCCAAACUCUGGUCUCCCUGGGGCCAAGUUCAGCAUCCUGCUCUGCUCAUCAUACUGGUUCUCUGAUUCAUUCUGAAACUCUUCUCCCCUCCCUUUCCACAAUCCUUUCAGAAUAACUGCAUUGCCGACGGGAGUGCUGCAGAUUUAUGGCGUCCAACAGAAGGAUGCUGGGAAUUAUCGCUGUGUCGCCACAACAGUUGCCAACCGGCGCAAAAGUGUCGAGGCGAUGCUCACAGUUGUCCCAGGUAUCCUGAUAAUAUCUUGCUGACUCUAGCAUUGCUCCAUUGCAUCAUCUGCAGGCACUGACUUCCCUCAUGGGACAACUGCGAUCUAUUCCUUCAUAAUUUGGGGCCUGAUCCUAAGACUUGAUGUGCCACAUUCAUGUUUGGUGGGUCUCUGUGUGUAUGUCAGCUGUGCAUUUCCAUUUAACUCUCUGCUUGCUUGUGCUUCUUAUUUUUUUAAGCCUCCAACAUUAAGCUUUUCCACAAGCCAUCCAUCAUAGCUGGUCCUCAGAACAUCACAACUUCCCUCCACCAAACUGUCAUCUUUGAAUGCAUUGCCACAGGGAAUCCAAAGCCUAUUGUUUCCUGGAGCCGUUUAGGUGAGUCCUGAAACCGAUCUUUGGCUCUUCACUUUGGGCAAAUUGAAGAUGGUCUCCUCUUUCAUUUCCACCAUCAUUGUGCCAGAUGAGGAAAAGGAGGAGAGAAAGAGAUGGUCCAGGGAUUCCUCUUGUUUCCAAUUUGUGUUUUCACACUGUUGCUGUAGAACCAGGUUGGGGGCUGGGAGUGCAGUGAUCAAAUGAAUGCUGAGAUCAGUGCUGGGGGAGAAUCCUCCACGACUUCCCUAGUAGGAGGCAAGAGUUUUUCCACAGACUAGUCAAUGUGGAAGGAGUGUAGGAAACUUGACAGGCACUUUCCAUCCUCUAAAGCAAUGGGGAGAGGGAGCUGCAUUCCUCCAGGGGUCAUGCAUGAGGAAGGGCUUAAGCUCAGCAGCAGAGCAUCUGCUUUGCAUGCAGAAGGCUCCAAUGUGGCAUAUCCAGCCUGAAACCCUGAAGAGGCACCACUAGGUCUGUGGUUGAGAAUCCUGGGCUAGAUGGAUCCAGUGAUCUAACUUGGUAAAAGGCAGCUUCCUAUGUUGAGGGUCACAUGCCAGUGGUGUGGGGGUGCCGGAACCCCCUCCCUCCCUACACCCCUUCUCUGUCUCACACACAACAUGCCCCAUUCAUAUUUUUUCUCGCACACGCCACAUGGCCCAUCCCCUCCAACCAUUCACAUGCUUACAAGCACAUGCUCCAUUCAUUCACAAUCUCUCUUAUGUGCACACAACCACCCAUUUACAUACAGAAACAUGCACCUCCUUCAUCCAUUCAUUCUCUUACACCCACAAUCUGUUUCCAACCCCUUCUUCUUCCCCUGUGGUUCUGGCCCAGAUUGGGAGGCCCAUGCCUGCACUUUGCAUCAGGAAAAAUCUCCCAUUCACUCCAGUGAGAUAUAAAAUUCACCCCAUACAAACUGCAGGUGUGUAUUUGGGGGAGAGGCUAUUGUGGAUCAGGAUCUUAGGAUGGUGGAUAGGAUUCCUUUGCUCCUUGCUCAUCCAGAUGGGCCCCCUGUGUCUUCUGUUCGAAUUGGGGAAAGAAGCUUCCAUUAAUUUCAGGUGGAAUGCCUUUUCCUCUGCAGUUGCAGGCCAAAUAUCAUCCAGACUAAGACUCUGACAUAGGGAUUAAUUCUUUUGCCACUGCUGUGACGCCAGUGCGGUUCUGGCCUCUGCGCCUGCUGUCUUCAUAGAAGAAAAGCUCCCUUUGGAGCAUAUGGGAGCUUUUCCCCAAACUGCAGCUGUGGCCAUGCUCUUAAAGCUUCCCAGGCCCCACAGAGUCAGCUGUGCCAGUGCAAACCUUGCAUGCUGUAAAAGAAGCAGGAUUGCGGUUGAUGAGCAACAGCACUGCAGGCAAGACUUGUCUUGUGUAGAAGGAUCCGGUGGCCAUUGCCGCUUCACAAAUGGGAUGUCUGGAAUUGGAUGUUGUCUGUUGGGAUCAGCUUCACAACUGUGGUUGGAAAGUGUUUAAGAAGCAGGAAGUAUGGGAAUGCGGAGGGUAACGUCAGCACUGUUCCAGGACUGAAGAGGUUAUGCCUAUGCAAGUGUUGGGGAUCAGGUCAGGAUGCCUUCACCCAAUUCUUACUAGCUGGAUGUCCAUCAAACAAAUUCUAGAAUGAAUUAGACUGGAGGUGGCUCACCUGUGGUCCUCUCAGAUGUUGUGGGACUGCAGGUUCCAUCACCCCUAACCACUGGCCAUGUGGGCAGAUGGAAAGUCUACAGGUUAGCCACCCCUGGAUUGGAUUCUUCGCUGAAGUGUAGACUGGUGUUGAGCCAUCACAAAGAGAACCUGGGCAGUGAAGAGGGACUUCAGAAGGUGGAAUUGGUUUGUCCACCACCAAAGAACAUCUUCAUUGCUGGCUUGUUUUCCCCAAACAGACCAUAAAUCCAUUGACGUUUUCAACACUCGUGUGCUUGGGAAUGGGAAUCUCAUGAUCUCGGAUGUGAAAGUACAGCACUCUGGCGUUUACAUCUGCCGUGCUACAAUUCCUGGCACGCGCAACUUCACCACUGCGAUGGCAACACUUGUUGUGCUAGGUGAGCUGACUUUGAAAGCCUCUCAGGGUUGGGUGUCAAGCAGAUUUAGCCACUGAAGAAAUGGCGUUGCUCAUGCAACAUCAGGCUUUGAGAACCUGGUGUACUCUGGUAUUUUUAACUACAAUUCCCAUCAGACCCAGGCAGUACAAGCAUACUGUGUUACUCUGGAACAAAGCCUUCCUGUUGAGUGAAGGGUCUUGUUGCUUGGGCUGGUGAAAAUAAACCAGAUGAGGAGACUCUGUAGAAAUGCUCUACAGGAGGCACAGAAGCAGAGAUCCGCUAAUAAUAAUAAUAAUAAUAAUAAAAAAUUAUUUAUACCCUGCCCAUCUGGCUGAGUUUCCCCAGCCACUCAUGUGUCACUUGAUCUUAAAUUUCAUGCCUGUCCUAACCCAGAGGCUUGAAGUGAUGGGUGAUGAAGCAGGGUAUGGAACACCUGUAAAAUAGCCAAAUACGGUAAAGUUAAAGGGACCCCUGACCAUUAGGUCCAGUUGCGACCGACUCUGAGGUUGCAGCGCUCAUCUCGCUUUAUUGGCCGAGGGAGCUGGUGUACAGCUUCCGGGUCAUGUGGCCAGCAUGACUAAGCUGCUUCUGGUGAACCAGAGCAGCGCAUGGAAACGCAGUAUACCUUCCCGCUGGAGUGGUACCUAUUUAUCUACUUGCACUUUGACGUGCUUUUGAACUCCUAGGUUGGCAGGAGCAGGGACCAAGCAACGGGAGCUCACCCCGUCGUGGGGAUUCGCAAUAGCCAAAUAGCAUCUCAUUAAAAAUGGCUCAGACUUUGCAACUGCUUCCUGUUCCUCCCUCUUCCCACAAGAAAGCCACUCCGGACAAAGGUGCCUUGUAACUCUGCCCCCAGGUGCUCUGCAUUUGGCAAGACUCUAGAGCAGGCAUGGCCAAACUUGGCCCUCCAGAUGUUUUGGGACUGCAACUCCCAUGAUCCCUAGCUAACAGGACCAGUGGUCAGGGAUGAUGGGAAUUGUAAUCCCAAAACAUCUGGAGGGCCACGUUUGGCCAUGCCUGCUCUAGAGGAAAAGGGGAGGUUUAACAUAUUCUGGGAUCUUGCCUGAGAAAGAUUUUGGUUUCAACUUUUGUUUCAUAAUCCCUCAGCUCCCCCUUCGUUUGUGGAGUGGCCAGAAAGCUUGACGAGGCCUCGAGCUGGCACUGCUCGUUUUGCCUGCCAGGCAGAAGGCAUCCCAGCUCCCAAGAUGUCCUGGCUGAAGAACGGGAGGAAGAUCCAUUCCAAUGGCAGAAUCAAAAUGUACAACAGGUGAGAACGGCCAGCUGCCCAAUGACUCUGGAGCUAUUGAGGACGUGUGGGUAGAGGUGCUCCUCCCAAGGCAGAGAGGUGGAUUUGGGGGUGUCACUAUGAAGGAUUGGCAGGUCUGACCCAUGGAUGGCGUGGCAGUGUAUUCAUUCCAGUGUGGCAUGUGGAUUGGAGCGUCUUUCCAGUUGGUUGUUUUUUUAAUUUUGAAUAAUUCCAAUCAUGUUUUUUCCAUUAUUUAUGUGCCUUUUUAAUAGGAGUGAGCAGAAUAAAUACCUAGCAAUGGUACUAAAUAACAAACUUAUGUCUGUCUUGCCCUUGUCACCAUGAGAAAUGUCCAACCACUGGUUUUAAUGUUUGUUUGUUUUGUACAUGGUACAUCCAAUCACUUUUAAAAAUAAAUAAAAAUAAAUCUGUACAUGUAAAACCAAUGGUGCAAAUAUAUGAAGCUGAGUUGGUGGACAAUCUGCUCUUGCUUCUUUUUGAUUUUUCCCUGGGCUCUUGUUGUCUGUCUGUCUGUCUAGCAAACUGGUGAUCAACCAGAUCAUCCCUGAAGAUGAUGCCAUCUACCAGUGCAUGGCCGAGAACAGCCAGGGCUCCAUCCUGUCCAGGGCACGAUUGACGGUAGUUCUGUCCGAAGACCGGCCCAGUGCCCCUUGCAAUGUCCACGCAGAAACUAUGUCAAGUUCAGCCAUCCUUCUGGCCUGGGAGAGGCCACUAUACAAUUCGGACAAAGUCAUCGCUUACUCAGUGCACUACAUGAAGGCAGAAGGUAAGUAUGGUAUCUGUCUGAUGAGCACCCUGAGCUGCUGCUUGGCUCUUCCAUAUUUCGGGCACAAGAGGCUUCCCUAUAGAAUGGAUGAUUCUGGGCCCUUUUGAGGGCAAGGGCAAAUAAAUCUGCUGCAGUCUUGAGGACCGGCAUCCUCCCUCCUUCUCCUCUGGCUCAUGCAAGUUCCUCCAUAGACUUCUGCAGCAUUUCCUUUUAUUUACCUUUUGCUCUCUGGGAUAAAUCAUAUGAAGAAUUGUAAUGUGCUGCCUAAUCUGGGGUUUUAGGUGCUGUAAUACAAUAUCUGGCUUGUGGUUCCCUUGAAAUGAAUGUAUGGAGAAGUCACUGGGCCUGUUUUAAGGAGAUCAAAUAGCAUGUGGCAUUUAUACUUCCAGUAUCUUUUGAAAGCCAACUUUAACUGAUGUGUCAUUACUCUUCCACUGAUGAAUCAAGUUUAUAUUCUGUGUGGGUUGUUGGGCCCCAGACUGUGUUUGGAUGCAUGUAUGUCUAUAAUGGCACUUCAAUAUCUUCCCCAGACUCAGUUGCUUGCAUUCAGAUUGACCAAUGGAGGAAGGAUAUGGUAGUUGUCACCCUUCUGUACCCUCCAAGCUAGAUUACUUCAACAUGCUGUAUGUGGGGCUGCCAUUUAAGAGUAUUUAGAGGCUUCUGCUAUGGAGGCAGAAUUCCCCUUUUAGCAAGGAAUAGAUGGCUAUGACUGUUGAAGAACUCCAAUCUUACGAGAUCUGGAGUGGCAUCUGUUGGCUUCCAGACAUGGUUUACGUGCCAGUUUCAACCUUUUAAAUCACCUGGGGUCACUUGAGGAGGCCUAUCUCCCCAUAGGAGCCUGGUCUUGUAGGUGGAAGUGUAAAGGAUUCUACUUCUACCCCUGAAUCUCUCAUGGCUCCCUGUUGUGUAGCAGUUACCUUGAGCCGUGGGUCUGGCAUAGUGAUCACUCAGAAGGACCUGCUGCUCUCUCUCAACCUCUCUGACCUUUUUAACUAUUCAACAUACCCAAUAUUUCCACACCUCGUUAUGGAGGGUCAUUGAGGUAUGCAAAAGAAUGACCACCAGGUUGGUUUGUGUAAGAAAUAAAUUUACCUUCUUACAUUUACAAAACACAUUUUAUAGACCAGCUUCUGCCUCGCCAGAAUAAAUACUGAAGGUUUCUGGAAAUUAUAUGGGUACAAUAUGUUAACUGUUUGAUAACCGAUGGACUGGAUAAAAGCAAGACUUGGCUGUUGAUUCCCCCUGGUUAAUCGGCCUUGUCUGCCACACAAAGUGGAUAGCCCCUGGUUCAGCUGCUGUAGCAGCAGCAUCCUUAGCCUGUCCUGAAGCACUCUGGGAACUUUGUGGGAACUCUUGAAUUGCCGGAGGUGUAUCUGGUCUCACAGGCUCUUGUUUGAAGUAGUUAGCAUUUACUGAAAAAAACUCCACAGCUCACAGUGGUUAACACAAAGACAAAAUUCAAGCAAUAAAAUGCAGCAUGCAAAAAUGUAAGACAGCAAACUCCUGCCAUCUUAAAACAACAGCCACCUAAAAGCCAAACACAACUAUCACCCUCCCUAAAGACAGGCCAGUCCCAGCCCACCCCCCAAAAUAAAUCAGUGAGCAGGAGCAAGGGGAAAUUCUCAGGCAACAACUCCUCCCUAUAAAGGUACUGGGCAAGGGAGUGGGUGAAAAAAUAUGUACCUUGAUGCUUCUGCACAAUCUUCCCCCAUGCAAAAAAUGAGGUGGGUAGGUCUACAUGCCACCUGCGGGGUCAGAUGCAACAUGCCUCUGAGUCCAAGUCGCUGGAGUCUGAUCCAAGAUCAGCUUAGCUCUUCUGACGUCCUUGUUUGUAGCUGCACUGUCCAUGGAGGGAAAGCCGAGAAGUUUCUUCCACUUCCUGUUGACAAAGCGCUGCACUUUUCACACAAUCCCGAUAUUGCUCCAUUCGCUGUAAAGAAAUGCAACAUUUCUAAAAUAUGCUCCAAAAAUCUGGUCAUAUUUUCCUCCACCUGCCUCACAGGCCAAAUAAUAAAAGUUAGCAUUGAAUACAAAUUGGGCUAGGGGCAGAGGUAGCAGAGAGAGAAAACAAACAGGUGUCUGCUGAGAGCUACUUAAAGAAAAGAAAAAGGUAUUUCAAACUGGGGCAGGGGAGAUGUUUGUGGUACUAGGGAGAAUGGGGACUUGAUGAGGGAGCGUGUUAAUUCCUUGUUGGCGAUUAAGAAAAGGAACAAAGGAAUGGCUGAUUGGGUGGGAGGGAGGGGGAGCCUGCCUUGUCUUCUCUGCUGCCUCUUCUAGGCGGGGGCCUUCUUUCCUCCCCAUGGAGUCUUCCCAGCUAUUCAAGACAAGAAGGAGCCCUUUCAGUUUGGGUUCAGGGAUCCUGUGUAGCAGGUCAGAAAUCGUGCCAUGCAGUUCCUAAUUAACCAGCCAUUAAUUAGGGUGUUGUGAGAUGCUCAUAAUCUUGCCUAAUUAAAAUGCUAUCAAGUUAACUCAAAACUGUGGGAAAACCGACUGGUGGAAUUUUUGUUGUUCAGUUUGUAGAGAGGUUCUGUUCUUAGGAGGGGAGGCUUAAACUGCUUCAAGGAGCGAGGUUUGUGGGUUUUUGUUUUUUUCACAAAGUUGACAAGCAAUUUGGCAUGAAUUGUGCAUUAAGGAAGGGCCUCUGGCUGCCGCCACCAGCUGCUUUCUGCUUUAGAGCUUUGCUGUAUAGGAAUGAAGCGGGACAAAGCCCCCACCAAGCCUACCAUGCAUUUAUGGGGCACGUUUGGAUGUAAAUUGCUGCACUCAUUAAGGAGGAAAAGCAUGUUUUAAACUAAUCCUUGUUGCUCUGUCCCUGAACUAAAACAGGUACACAGUCCUGUGUGCACCAAACAGAACAAAUCUAUUCACAGGAUCAUUUGAGUUAAAAUGGGGAGCCAGGGGUCCAGAGCAUCUUCGUUUUGAUUUGGUUGGUGUUUUUAAGCAGCUACAGCAGAGAACUCACCACCCCCAGAGUCCAAAAUGAGAGGGGCCAUAAAGCAGGAGAUCCAGAGGCUGUGAUGGCUCCCCUCUUGUGCCUUCCUGCUUUCUCUUCACAGUUUGUUGUGGUUUAGUUUUCUGAAUGGCGUUUUUGAGCUGAAUCAGCACUUCCACAGAGAGCCUUCUGUUCAGCACAUCCCAAAGCCCCAUGUUCUGUAGCAAGGCACAGUUUGGUAGCAUGAAACUGCUUUCACUCAGACUACAAAAGAAACCCCAUUCUGACCCAGUCCGAAUAUUUUUCUCAGAAAUGCCCCAUUUUUAGUGGUUGGACUUACUUCCAAGUAAGAAUGCCACCUUGUAGUUCAAUCCUAAACCUCAUUACAUACAAGGAAAUCUCCCUGAUUUAUUCUUGCCUGGCUUAGGGCGAUUUACCAGGUAAAUGUUGAUAAGAUCGCAGCCUUAAACAUAUAAUCCUGUAGAGAGGUUUCAGGUGCAUUUGUUUCUGUAAAUUCUUUCUGCAUUCCAGGUUUAAAUAAUGAAGAAUAUCAAGUUGUUAUUGGAAACGACACAACACAUUAUAUUAUUGACGACUUGGAGCCUGCCAGCAACUACACCUUUUACAUAGUGGCCUACAUGCCGAUGGGAGCUAGCCAAAUGUCUGACCAUGUGACACAACACACCCUGGAAGACAGUAAGUUCUUUUAAAAAAAAAAUACUUAUAUCCUGCCUUUCCCCUGACAGGGACUCAAGGUGCAUUUUAAAGCUAAAAUAGAAAUAGCUAAAAACCGAAAAAGCAACAGUUAAAAAACAAUUAAAGUGUGUGUGAGAGACAGAACGAGAGACUUAUCCUGUUAUAUCAGAGGGAAAACUGUUCUUCUUUCUGCUUCUCCUCCUCUUAGUCCCUCUGAGGGCUCCUGAGAUCAGCUUGACAAGCCAAAGCCCCACAGAUAUUCUCAUCUCCUGGCUGCCGAUUCCAGCCAAGUACCGGCGAGGCCAGGUCGUCUCGUUCCGCUUGUCAUUUCGACUCAGCACCGAGAGCACCGUCCAGGUUCUGGAGCUCCCAGGCACGACCUACGAACACCUUUUAGGGGGCCUGAAGCCCGACAGUAUCUAUUUGGUUCGUAUCUCUGCAGCAACUCGGAUUGGCUGGGGAGAGGCCUCCCUGUGGACUUCUCAUCACACGCCGAAAGCCACGAGUGUCAAAGGUGUGUCAUCUUUUCAAUUUAAUAUAUGCCCAAAUAAUGGACCUUUCAACUGAAGUCACUGCAGAACAUCUCUAGCCAGCUAAACUGAAUUGCCCCUGGUGUCCUUUCCUUUGAAGCGUUGUCCUUGCAGCCCUGUGGCUCAACUGAAGUUUAUAUUUGCUGCUUCAUGAACUCAUUUCACCUGCAUUUUAUGAUAUGGGGCAUUAGUUUUGCACAGACUUUGCACUGGCUCUGUAGGCUGUGUAGCAGUGGGUGUGAUGCACUGGACCUCCCAGGGGUUUUACAGGAAGGGAAGUGUGUGGGAGAAACUCCCUGGCAUUUCCAGGCAUGCCUGAGAGAGACAUUUCCAGGCUGAGCCAGGUGGGUUAAUGGUCUGACUCAAGAUAAGGCAGCUUCCUUGUUUUCUGCUUGUUCCUCCAAUGCAAAUAACAACUCCCCUUCUUUUCCUAGCACCAAAAUCUCCUGAGCUGCGUCUGGAACCCCUGAACUGCACAACGAUCAUGGUGAGCUGGCAAAAAGAUUUGGAAGACACAGCAGCCAUCCAGGGCUACAAAUUGUACUACAAGGAGGAAGGCCAGCAAGAAAAUGGACCUAUCCUGCUAGAGGCCAGUGACUUGACACACACCAUCAGUGGCCUGGGUGAGUUUGCACACAGCUUCUGCCUUCUGUAUUUCUGAAGGAGAAGCCACACUCAUUUCACAGUAGAAGUGAGGGGCAAAGCUUUUUGUUAGAGCCACUCCUGUGAUGAUGGGGAGAUUCCCCUUUAAAUGCAUGUGGAGUCACUUGCCGCCCCUCAGAAGGAAUGACUGGAUUGAAUUGCUUACAUAUGGGGCAGCUCAGAGGUUAUCUAAAAGCUGGUUUUCUUCUUGCAUGUUGUUGUUUAGUCGUUUAGUUGUGUCCGACUCUUCGUGACCCCAUGGACCAGAGCACACCAGAACACUGUCCAACCAUCUCAUCCUCUGUCGUCCCCUUCCCCUUGUGCCCUCCAUCUUUCCCAACAUCAGGGUCUUUUCCAGGGAGUCUUCUCUUCUCAUGAGAUGGCCAAAGUAUUGGAGUCUCAGCUUCACGAUCUGUCCUUCCAGUGAGCACUCAGGGCUGAUUUCCUUCAGAAUGGAUAGGUUUGAUCUUCUUGCAUACAGAGGGACAAUUAAGAGUCGCCUGUACUGGAAGGCAUUUGAUCUGUGAGGGUUGCUAUGCUCUAUUCCUUAAAAAUUCCCUAUCCUGAGGUUGAUUCAGCUAAAUACCUCUGCUGUGAUGGGUAGUAUUUGUGGCUUUUCUCCUGCAACUGGUUAUUUUAAUGGUUUUAUUAGCCACUUUGAAUAUAGUUUAUGCAUAAAAAUGAUAUAAAUAAAUAUGUUCCUGAAUGUUGACAUUUACCUAGGAUUGUAGGGGACCCACAGAGAAAUGCCGAAAAUAUUUCUACCCUGAUUAUUAUUUUUUUGUAUUUAUUACCUGAUUUAUAUAUCCUCCCUUAUGAUGCAGUUAUUCCAUCAAGACAAUGUUCAAAAUUGAAUAAGUGGUGGUGGUGAUGAAGGCAUGAUCUGGUAGACACUGUAUACUUGGAGUUCCCAAAAACUCUUGACAAAGUACCACACCAAGGAUUCCUGAGUCCUCUUGUGGAUCAGGAAUUGGCUAAGAAACAGGAAGCAGACAAAAGGAACAAAUGGACAGUUCUCCUGAGGAAGGGAUAUAGAAUGUGGGGUCCUCCAAAUAUUGGUAUUGGGACAGGCGCUUUUUAUCUUCUUAAUUAAUGUUUUUAGCAAUAUUUUGGCUAAGUGUCUGAUGAUGCCAACUUGUUUAGGGUGAUAAAAAUGAAAGGGGAUUGCAAGGCGUUCCAAAAGGAUCUUUCUGAACUGGGCGGAUGGCUCUCUUACUCAUUAAGAUAGCAAAUGUGAUCCAGUGCAAGCAAUUGUGAAUUGAUGCAUGUCGGAGGUAAAACUUCACAUACAUGUUCAUGGGGUCUGAACUGGCAGUGACUGACCAGCAAAGAGGUCUUGGGGUCACAGUGUAUAGCUCAAUGAAUAUGUUGACCCAUUUUGCCGCAGCUGUGAAAAGGGCAAAUUCCAUAUUUGGGAUCAUUGUGGCUUAUCACUAAGCACAUAAAUUUAUCCCCUACCUAGGAUGAUUAGGAAAGGAAUCUAAAUAAAAGUUUUUCUCUAUCUCUCAACAUUCUCAAAACUGGAACCAUCCAAUAAAGAAGAGUGGUUGGAAGUUCUGGACAGUCAAAAGGAAGUCUUCUGUCUUGAUGUUAUGUCUUCUAUGUUCCUAUAUCUUUAAAGCUAUUUUGACUGAAAUCUAAAUAAGUAGCUGGGUCUAGUGUGAUAACUUGGAAUAGAAAGGAGAAAAAGAGCACUAAGGAACUCCCUGUCUUUAAGGUGCCAGAAAGGGAUUUCCUCCCCACCUUGGGGCUGGGAUGAGACUAGAUGAUUGACUGAAUUGUCAGAAUUAAAUCAUCACCGCAGCCAGGUCAACUGGCUUCUUUACGACACUUAGAUCCCCCCUUCCUCAUGUCUUAUUACUCCAGAAGCAAGAGAUAUUUUUGGACAGAGCAACUGCCAAGUCUUCUCAGUGGGUCAGGGUCCAUAUGUGGUCCUUUCAAGACAGAGGGCUUCUGGCAGCAGGAUGGGACCCAUUGAGCGCAGACCAGAACACAAAAGGAUCAGCAGUGGCUCAGUCAAAGAAGGGAUGCCUCUUCUUUUAAGAUGUCGUUGAUCUGUCUUUGGACAGUGUAUCCUGCUGAAAGCAUGCGGAUACAGACUGGCGCACCUGGUUCUCCUUAUUGCAGAGCAUUUCAGAGCCUGGCUGAUUUGGCUCAGGUGUUGCACAGAAGGCUGCAAAAUAAACCGGGUUUUUUAGAAUCAAUGGUCAGUGAAAUGGCACAGGUGAAGCGUCAUAGUAAAACAGGCUGGGAUAAUCAUUUAAGGAUUAAUGUUGUCACUGCAGUUGUGGCUGCUUAGCAAAUGCCCUCUAAUGCAAAAUGCAACAUGAGCCGGUGUAGUUGUGUUGUCACAUUGGCGAUGAAGUGCCUGCUCCAAUACCAUGAAGUCUCUCCCGACAUGCAUGUGUGCUGGUCACCUAGCGUGUUUCAGAAAUGGUGUCACUGCUGGAAAGCUUUGUCCACCGGUGGUGCUCCCUCUCUCCAGCUCAGCUUCCCACAGAGCAGCCUGACUGUGGUUGUUAAAUUAUACAACCGUAUAUCACUAGUUCCUAGAUCCAUUUUUGUUUUGAUGGCAACCUGUGAAAGGAAGAAUUCAUAUUAGGGGUUACACUUCAUGCUGUCAUGUAGCUGCACUUUGGAAUCCAGAUGAUGUCACAACAGAACCAGUGAUGUCAUUUUCAGAUUGCACUUCCCAACUUGCAGAGGGCCAGCCAUGUUGGUCUGUAGCAGCAAGCACCAGAAAGGAACAUAAAGGCCUAGCAGGAUUUAUUAGGACAGAAACCUUUGUGGACAGUCAUCAGGCUCAUGAAGCAAUGUUCUCAAGUGGCAGGCAGGUAUACUCAAGUAUACCUGCAAGGUGAAGGUGACCCAGAAACUACAACUAAUCCAGAAUGCAGCAGCUAGACUGGUGACUGGGGGCGGCCACCGAGACCACAUAACACCAGUCUUGAAAGACCUACAUUGGCUCCCAGUACGUUUCCGAGCACAAUUCAAAGUGUUGGUGUUGACCUUUAAAGCCCUAAACGGCCUCGGCCCAGUAUGCCUGAAGGAGCGUCUCCACUCCAUCGUUCUGCCCGGAUGCUGAGGUCCAGCGCCGAGGGCCUUCUGGUGGUUCCCUCGUUGCGAGAAGCAAAGCUACAGGGAACCAGGCAGAGGGCUUUCUUGGUAGUGGCGCCCGCCCUGUGGAACGCCCUCCCAUCAGAUGUCAAAGAGAUAAACAACUACCUGACAUUCAGAAGACAUCUGAAGGCAGCCCUGUUCAGGGAAGUUUUUAAUGUGUGACAUUUUAGUGUAUUUUUGGUCUUUGUUGGAAGCUGCCAAGACUGGCUGGGGAAACCCAGCCAGAUGGGCAGGGUACAAAUAAAUUAUUAUUAUUAUUAUUAUUAUUAUUUAUUAUCUGCCUGCAUGCAUGUGGAACAACUUCAGCAAAAUUACUGGUGCCUUUGAUCUGGAUUAACUGGUGCAAGGAUUGCAAUUAUGAUGCUGCUAUCAGACUGUCUGCUCUCGCAGCAUUCCCAGUUAUUCGUGUGGCAGAAUUAGGAAUCUCUGGGUUCUUUGUUGCUGCCCUCUGUGACAUUUUCUCCCCCUCACCUCCACCACAUGCUGUCAGACCAGAUCUUGUCUCUGGGUGUUUGAGUCUCGCCUUUGUGCCCACUGUUUAUUUUUUAACAGAAUUUUUCGGCAUGCUUUCUCUUUUGCACCCCACCCCCUGUGUCAGUGGGACUAAUAAACACAGCAGCCGUGUUCUGGGCUGCUCUUCUCCAAAUAAAUAUAUUGGCACACUUAGUGACAUUUAUGUCACAACUUUCCCUUUCCCCACACACAUUUAUUUUUCUGCAGGAUAUGCACACACAUAUCCACCCCUGCUUCCUACUCCAGUGUAAAAUUCCGUCCCUGUUGCCACUUGGCUUUCCUGCAGGAGCUGACUCUGUGGAGCAUGCCUUGCAUUUUUGCCCCUAAUUUUAAUCCUUCUCGCUCCACGCUUUGCAGAGAAACUCCCCUGUUGUGGCACUUGGCACAUGUCUUCCUCCAGCUUUUGUUUCUGUAAUAUUCUCCAGAUAUUUCUUGGCUUCCUGUGGGUGUUUGUUUGUUUGUUGGGAAGGAUCUCUGGUGUGCAGCAAAGUGUGGAAGCCAAACCAAACAAGAAAGGACACACAGCGCCCAUUUUCAUAAGUUCUUAAUACAUCUUCAAGCAACCUUCCUGGGCUAGUCUGCAGUUUGGAGGAAGAAGGUUAUGGGUGCUUUGGAGGUAGAGGACUUAGCAGGCAGCAGGGGAACUGUUUGCCUCGCGUUCUCAGGGACAGAGUUGGGGAAAUGCUGGACAUUUGGGGUUGGAGGUUAUUUGAGGGUGAGAUAGGAGAGAAUUGGAGCUUCAAGAGGGGGCGAUUAAAGGUAGAGUUUGGGGGUGGCAAAACCUGUACUACCUGUGGAUUAUGCUUUGAAAUGGUUCUGAAGGUUUCUUGACUACCUUCUGGAGAUCUUUAGGAUGGUUUCUGACUCUUCUCCCUGCCCUCUAAAAGAACUGUGCUGCCUUUAAGAUAAUAUCCUAGCAAAUGCCACUGUGCUCACACAAGGCGAUGAAGGAAGGGGAAGCUGGGGCUCUCUUAUCACCUUACUCAAAAGAAGCAGCCUGGGCAGUGCAGAGGUCAACCACCUCUGCCUUCCUCUGACCCUUUUGACUGUUUUCCUAGAGAACUCCAGGAAUUCACUCUCUGGGUACUCAGGACAGGAUAGGCUCUGUGUCUUGUGCUUUAACCUAAUGGUGGCUGCUUCCUUUGUGCUGCAAGAAUUAUGCCAGUUGGCUUGAGUAAAGCUUCUAGUGGUGACCCUGGGCUCAUGCUGGAUAUUCUAGUCCCACAGAUGCCUCAGUUUAAGUUUUUCACCAGUUUAAGUUUCCUUAAGGCACAUGCUGAAGAAGGCUUUGCAUAGGGGGAAAUGCAGUGGUGUAUGCUUGGCUAGCACAUUCGCUAUCUAUUGUGAAAAGUAGCCCUGAUAGCCAUAACAACAACAACACUUAAUAUAUAAUACAAUACAAUAUAAUAUUAUUUAUAACCCCACCCAUCUGGCUGGGUUCCCCCAUAUCUAAAAACAUAAUAAAAACAUCAAGUGUUAAAAACCUCCCAAUACUUCAGCCUUCAGAUGUCUUCUAAAAGUUGUGUAAUUCCUUAUCUCCUUGACAUCUGAAGGGAGGGCGACACUACUGAGAAGACCCUCUGCCUGGUUCCCUGUAACUUUGCUUCUUGCAGUGAGGUAAUCAGCAGAAGACCCUUGGAGGAGGACCUCAGUGUCCGGGCUGAGCGAUGGGGGUGAAGACGCUCCUUCAGGUAUACUGAAGGUAUACAUCACAUGGUGUGUGAUGGCCUGAGAUUCAGGUUUGAAUGAAGGAAAUCCGGGUUCAAACCUCUUUUCAGCCCUGCAGCUAUCUGGGUGGCCUUGGGCCAAAUGUGCUUCUCUCUGUUUAACCUGAGCUGUGAGUUAAGCUGUGGCUCUGUGUUCUGGGGGAAGAAGGUCAUCCGCCCUCAACUUUUUGCCAUUUGUACCAUCCCGUCUGAAGUGAUAGAGCAGCCUCCAGGGGAGUCUAGCUGCAAAAUGUCUUGGGGAACCUGAUGAAUCAGCAGCUGGGGACCAACAGCAGUACCUGGGCAGUGUGACGGAGUGAGAGCAGCUUCACUCUUCCUUUGGGAAGCAACCACACAACCCUAUAACAGCACUGAGAAAUGGAAAGGCCCAGCAAAACAACACCCUCACAUGGAAAAGUUGUUGUGAACACUGAAUUCAUGGCUUUCAAUGGAAAGGGUCCUCUUUCUUCUCUCCCCCCAAUCCCACCAGUACAGUGGCCUAUAUUUUCUGUUGGUAAGAAUCUGUUUGUAAGAAUCCCAGCUUGAAUUAAUCUCAGUGCCCCCAAGUUGUGAAAAACUGAACAUGAUGAAUUCCCACUGUAGGGAAUUUGUAGGAUACGGAAGAGGUAAGGUGAUAUCUGUGGGACUCCCCAUUUGAUAGAACCCGCCCCAGUUUCUGUUGACCUCCACAUUCUCUGCCCCAGGCUGGCCUGAAGUUGGGCUUUUGCAGCUAAAGUAAACGUAGACAUAGCCAAAGUCUGUCUUGCUUUUAAAGAAACACUACAGGAAAUCUUUGCACUAGAGGCAGCUAGUAGUUUGUGUUGCCGAAGAAGAGAAGGACAUCUUGCUGCUCUUGGGAGGAAGUUCACCAUGUGUUAGUGGAGAGUUUGGCUGACCAGAACAAUAAAUAUUUUGAUCCUCUGGUUACUGCUUGCAUUUGGGCAGGUAUUUACUUUCUCUGAUUCCAUCCUUAUAUUAAACUUCUGUGGGAAGAGGUUUUUUUUUCCUGUUCCAGGAAAACUAGUGGAAAGUAUUGUUAAAGAUAAAAUGACCUAGCAUAUAGAAGAAUAAGCCUUACUGAAGCAGAGUUAGCAUGGCUUCUCCAAGGGUAAAUCCUGUUUCAAUAGUUCCUUGAGAAUGUCAGCAAGUAUAUCAAUAGAGGUGAUCCAGUUAACAUAGUGUAGUACAGCUUUCAAAAAGCUUCCAACAAGCUUUCUCACCAAAGACUCUUUAGUAAACUUUGCAGUCAUAAAGGUAAAGGUAAAGGGACCCCUGACCAUUAGGUCCAGUCGUGACCGACUCUGGGGUUGCGGCGCUCAUCUCGCUUUAUUGGCCAAGGGAGCCGGCGUACAGCUUCUGGGUCAUGUGGCCAGCAUGACUAAGCCGCUUCUGGUGAACCAGAGCAGCGCACGCAACUGGUUAAAUAAAAAGAAGCAGAGUAGGAGUAAAUAUACUCUGAAUGGAGAGAUGUAGACACUACAUGCAGGAUAAUUCUGUCAGUUGCUACUAGCCAUGAUGGCUGUGUUCCAUCUGCACUGCUGGAGGCAGCAUGACAUGCCCUUGAAUACGAGUUGUUGGGACUUGCAAGUGGGGUGAGUCAGAUCCUGCUCCCAGGCUUCCCACGAUGGGCAUUUGGUAGGAGUCUGAGAACAGGAUCUUGGACUAGAUGGAUCCCUUUUGUUCUGAUCCUGCUGCUGCAGGACUUCUCUUAGGUUCUCAUGAGAUCAACUGGCUCAAGGUUCUGGCACACAAGCCAGGCCAAGCAUUGAAUAAGGACCAAAGUGCUAGUUCAGGACUUGCAUUUUCUGCCUCAGCUGCAGGACUGCUUAAAGAAAGUUGUCUCAAGCAGUGUGUUUGCUUUGUUACAUCACAUGCAACUUAUCCUAGGGCACAAGCUACUGGGAUGCACCCACAGGCCAGCUCCAUCCAAAUGACUUCUCCUUAUGCAUUCCUCCCCCUUCACUGCAACAAGGCUCAGAAAGGGGAGUGUCCUAGACGAUCUCCAAAUAGCUAUGAUGCUUGCACAGAUGCCCUACUCAGUAUUUGAGCAGCUAAGUUGAUUACCAGCUGAACCAGUAAAUCACAGAGAGCCUUGGUGGUGUUUUUCAGAAGCUGGCAGGUGCCCUGAACUUUAAUUAAAGCCUUGCAUAAAAUUUGAAGGCCAAUAGAGUUAAAACAAAGAAUUAUUAAGAGUAGAAUAUUGCAGUGCAUCCAGCAAGAAAACAGCCUUUCCUCACACUCUGGUGAUCAUAGACAAAACUGGCUUUAUCCAGAAUGCAUGAAAGUGAAAAAACUCACCAAAACCCUGGGAAGAUGAAGAUUCCCAACCAUAGAAGCUCCAUUCCUUCUGCCUUUCCAGGUCUGCUCACAUCUUCAUGGAAUGGGGUGCAAACACUCUAGUAAUAGGGCGAUGGGGAGGUAGAGAUGCGAGAUUGAUGAUUGUGGGUCUGCUCCUCAGUUGACAGGCAAGGAGGCAGCAGCUUGACUUGGCAGCCACCCUUUUGAACUAGCAAAGCAAGGACUCAUCCACACAUGCUUGUUUAAUCCUUGAGGAUUGGCAUGUGUGAGUGAGCCCCCUUUGCAGAUAAAGAUCUACACGUGGGCAAAUGAAAAGAGCUGUCUGGGUGAAAUAGUUGGGACCUUGUUGAUACGGUGCCCCCUGUAGCUGUGCCAAAUAAUUGAGAUUUUGUGCAUUUUUGCAUUUGAGUACAUGUUUCGGUUGUCUUAAAAACAAAAUGGAACAACCAAGUGUGACUGUGGUUUUUCUUUCUUUCUUUUGCUUGGGAUAUGUGGCCAAACUGUUGGGGUUGACUAGGGUCUUUGGUUGUGUGGCGGCAAGCAAAACUAAGAAUCACUUCAGGGUCUGUUCCAUGCAGGAAUUUGCAUAUAUUUAAUUCCAUCUGCAAUGGAUGCAAUCAUGGGGCAGGCUGAAAUGUUAAGCCCAUGCUAGGGAGUAAAUUUAUUUUUUAUUUAAUUUAUGUUAAAAUAUUGUGUACCACUUUUCAUUUAAAAAGCUCAAAGCAGUUUACAAUAUACAUUGCCUCCCCAAUUAAUAGCAAUAAAUAAGAACAAUUGAAACAUCCAGUUAACACCUAUUUUCAGCAAUUACAGCAGCCCAGACACAAAAAGAACUCAGUAUCAACAGUCAGGAGGCAGCCUAGUAAAGAGAAAAGAUAUUUAAAUGUCUGCAACACCACUACAUCUUUGCCAGUCCCACUGAAUUCAGUGGACCUUGCUUCUGAGUGUGUAGGUUAGCAUUACAAAUGUGUUUGUUACAAGUGCAUCUGUGAUGCUGAAAAACAGUCCACCAAGCUUUCCAAAUGUCCCUGUAAUGAAAAUGAAACACUUCUAGGCUAUUACUGAAUUAAGUAGCAAACAAUAUAUUGCCCCUCAGUACUUUGGAAUUAUUUGCAGCUCCUUGCAAGGAGGAAAAGAAAAGUUGUUUUCCAUUCUCCUUGAAAAGACUUAUUUGCAUUUGUAGUUGUAGAUAUGAAGGGCCUUAUUCCUGGGUGUUUUUGCUUGUGAAGCCCAAUAAACAGAGAAUUAAACUAUGUUGCCCAGAGAUAAGUCCCAUCCUUUUUAGUCCUGAUUUGAAAAGCAGUGGCUUUUGAAGAAGGCUUAGAGGGAACUCGGGUCCUGUUCAAGGAAAUUAAAUCAACAUUGUCUAUUAAUCAUACCGUGUGUCAACCCCCACCCCCUCCCAGUUAAUGUGAGGGACCAUUAGAUGUGUGAGGUCUCUAAAGAUCUGACCAAGUCAAAUGGGAAGAAGGUUUCAAGAAAAGGGAAAAAAGAGGCCGCCAUUAGCACAUGAAAGAGAGUUUGGAGUGAAAAGAACAAGAGAGAGAGAGAGAGAGAGAGAGCCCUACCUGGGUGUGGGUGUCUGUUUUAAACUUUGUUUAGUUAACAGAAAUCACAAUACUCAAAGCGUAAAGUCCUAUGAUAGUUUUCAAUCAAAUGUUGCUGCUCUCCAGGAACUGAUGCAUAAUCUCAUGAAGAGUAAACAUUCCGCAUUUGGGAGGCUGAGGCUAAGAAGCCAGAUUUUUUGGUGCAAACCUUUUAGUCCCCACAACCCAACACAUGCCUCCUCUCUGAGUACAGUGGUACCCCUGGUUACGCACUUAAUUCGUUCUGGAGGUCCAUUCUUAACCUGAAACUGUUCUUAACCUGAUGCACCACUUUAGCUAAAGGGGCCUCCCGCUGCUGCCGCACCACCGGAGCACAAUUUCUGUUCUCAUCCUGAAGCAAAGUUCUUAACCCGAGGUACUAUUUCUGGGUUAGCGGAGUCUGUAACCUGAAGCGUAUGUAACCCGAGGUACCAUUGUAUGUGUGUGUGCGUGGCCAGAAAUGUAUAUUCUUCCCCUGUUUACCCCCUUCUCCUAUUCCUAACUCCCUCACCCCUAAAGUCUCCAUCCCCCUGGGGAGGCGGGUAACCUGUUGAGACCCACAGUGGAGCCAAGCCAAGAGUAGGUCGAGCCAGAGUCACCUUCCCCGCUGUCUUGCCCCCACCCACAUGCUCUUGCAAUCCAUGCAUGCCUUUGAUUUGAUUCUCUUGCAAUGCACACAUUUCAGCCAGCCAUUUUCUCUCUCAUACACAUACACCCCCCACAUGCACAGUAUUUUGCACCAUCCAUUCACCACAGAAGUGCUUUCUCACACACAUACCCCCCUCUCUCAACCACCCACCCACCCCUCUUCCCUCCUCAGCUGCAUCCCUUUCUUGCCCCACCCAUGAGGAAAUUAGCCUUAGCACACUAGUGCCAAUAGAAACUUUUUUCUAAACCUCUCUGCGAUGGAGGGGUGAAGUGGGGCACUGUGGCUUAAACCACUGAGCCUUUUGGGGUUGCCGAUCAGCGGUUUGAAUCCAUACAAUGGUGGUGAGCUCCUGUUUCUUUGUCCCAGUUUCUGCCAACCAACCUAGCAGUUCAAGAGCACACCAGUGCAAAUAGAUAAAUAGGUACCGCUGCAGCGGGAAAGUAAAUGGCGUUUCCGUGCGCUCUGGUUUCCGUCACGGUGUUUCGUUGCACCAGAAGCAGUUUAGUCAUGCUGGUCACAUGACCCGGAGAGCCGUCUGUGGACGAACGUCAGCUCCCUCAGCCCAAAAGCGGAGAUGAGUGCCACACCCCACUGUCGAAUUUGACUGGACUUAACCAUCCAGGGGUCUUUCACCUUUAUUUACCUUUUACCUAAUGGAUUGCAGCACUCAGGGCGUGAAUGGCCAAAUUGAGGGAGGAGAGGUCCUUUGGUGCCACAGGUGCAUCCAGCCCACCAGCUUGGAGAUUCCUUAGAGUGUAAGCCCCUCUGGGCAGAGACCUGCUCCUCUUGCAGUGUGUAAAGGACUUAGCCCUAUUAUAGGAACAAAUAAUUGCUUGGGGAAGCAAACGUCCCCCCGAGGCACAAUCCUUAGAAAUUAUCCUGCACAACCUUCUUUGCAAUGAACACGAGUGUGCAAAAGCUCUCUCCUUCAGGCUUUACAAUACUGUACUUGUGCAAGAGAACAGUGCUGGGUUAGGCUGCUUUGAGGGGUUUGCAUGACCAAAGCAAUGCCCUUUCCAACUCCCUAUAAUGCCUGAGCCACCAGAACCCUUGUCUUUUUGUGGGAGCUCUGUGCAAAAGAUGAAGCAUUGCAUCUUCUUAGGAGAGUAUGUGUGAGGGGCUCAGUUUCUGUUUCUUUGAAACACUCUGAAGUUUGGUGCAUGUUGCCUCUUUGCUUUCCAGUCCUUGGCAGGGGAUUGGGCAGGCAAACAUGGGCAUAGCCAAGAUUUAUAUUGGAGGGGCAGGUAUUUUUGGGGGGGUCAGAACCAAGUUAUCUGUGAUGCAGUUGGUCAGUUCAGUAUUUUUAUUUAUUUACUUGAUUUGAGGGAGGCAGCUCUGACAUGCAGGCAAAGCAGCCCCUGUACCAUAUUGUGUGAACGAUGGAGACUCUUUAAGAGUACAGUGGUGCCUCGCAAGACGAAAUUAAUUUGUUCUGCGAGUUUUUUCGUCUUGCGAAUUUUUCGUCUUGCGAAGCACGGUUUCCCAUAGGAAUGCAUUGAAAAUCAAUUAAUGCCUUCCUAUGGUCAAAAAAAGUCCAAACAAAGCCAAAUUUGGUACAAAAAGAGUUUAUUAAGUGCUCUUUAAAGUCACACAUACUGUAAAGAGCAUUUCAAAAAUUGAAGGAAUAAUAAUUUAAGUUUCUAAACAUGACAGAAAAGCAUUUAAAAAUCACCAAAGUGUACUGUACAUACAUUUUCUAAGACUCUGGGGGACAACUCGAAGAAGGUUCCUCUUCCACUCUUUACUUCUUGCUGAAGAACCUGUCCAUGGUCUGCUGCUUCAUCCGCCUUUUCAGCACCUCCCUGAAAGACGACAUGACCCUCAUAUCAAAAGUGUUCGCAAGGUCACAUGUCAGGUCCUUGUCAGGGUGGUGCCGCUGUGCAAAAGCCUGCACAUCUUUCCACUUCUGGCAAAUGUCCCUCAGUUCUUUGGAGGACAGCCGUUCCUCAGUUGCUUCCUCCUCUUCCAGUGAGGCCUGCUCCUGCGCAGCCUCUGCCUGCAGUUCGACCAGCUCCUGGGUGGUCAGCUCGUGGUCGUGCUCCUCCACCAGCUCGCUGACGUCCUCCUCUGUGACCUCCAGGCCCAUGGUCCUCCAAAAGAAGUUUUGGAAAAGCUUCAAAAAUCACCAAAGUCUUCAAAAACCUCAAAAAAGGCUACCACACCGCGUGCUAUGAGUUGCUCCUCAAAGUCAAGUCGCAACUGCACCUCUUCAAGCAAUGCACCCUGGGUAUUAACGGUUUUAAGAAAAAGGAAACAAACUUGCAAGACGUUUUCGUCUUGCAAAGCAAGCCCAUAGGGAAAUUCGUCUUGCGAAGCAACUCAAAAAACGAAAAACUCUUUCGUCUUGCGAGUUUUUCGUCUUGCGAGGCAUCACUGUACAGUGGUGCCUUGUGUUACGGAUGGGAUCCAUACCGGAGGCCCGUCUGGAACAUGAACUGCCCACAACUCGAAGCGCUGUGUCUGCGCAGGCACGCAGCGCGAUUUGUCGCUUCUGCACAUACGCGAGCGGUGAAACCCGAAAGUAACCCAUUCCAGGACUUCCGGGUUGCUGCGGGACAUAAUGCGAAAGGACACAACAUGAAGCGGACGCAAAACGAGGUCUCACUGUAAUAAAACGCUGCUGUGGCCUGGAACUAGGUGUGUGCAGUGCAGCUGAAAGGGACUAAGACUGUGGGUUGCAUGAGGACGUUCCAUCCACCUUGGCAACUGCCCAUAAAAACUAGGCCAGAGUAAGACUAGGAUGAUGUCAGAAGACUCCAGGGGUCCUAUUUGUUGACAGAUUUUGAGGGUGAGCUGUGAGAUUAUUUGGGCUCUGGGUGUGAAAGCCAGCGUGGCCAAUGGCCAGGGGUGUUUGGAAUUGUUCCAUGUCAAGGGCCACAGGUGCCCCACCCCUGAAUAUUGAGCCAGGUGGGCCAAUUGGUCUGACACCGUUUGCAACUUGUGUUUCUGUUUAGCUGGGUUUUCUUGGUGGAAAAUCUGCUGUGCAUUGUCCCAAGGGGAAUUCUAGGGUUACAAUCCUGUGGUGUCAGGAAGAGUGUCUUCCUUCCCUUGUCUGUGUGUUCAAAAUGGACCAAUGGCAUCUGGGGCACUGAAGCAUCCGGAUGGGCUGGCUUGUACAAAUCCACAUGCCACAUCCAUUUGCCCAUCCAUCCUCUUUAUCCUCCUAAUGCAGCAAAUUGCUUUAUAGGUAAUAGGUGAAGCAUGUCGUCCCCCCAGAGCAGGACUGAAACAGCAAGUGCCUUUGUAAGCUGUCUGCCUGAUCUGCAGCCCAGAACGCCUGGAAGGGCCGGGCUUCUUGGCAAGUCUUCAGCCUGCAGAUGGCUUUGCAAUGAAAGCUUGCUCCUUGCUGCAGUGCAAGGAAUGAUAGAUGGUGUUUUCAUUUUGCUGCUCCAAGGGGUCAAAGUGCCAUCAAGGGCUCAUGACAGCCCAACAGAGAAAUGUUAGUUCUGAAAGGAAAUUUAUUUCAUAGCUCUAGGGGAAGUUUUGGGGGCCCUGAAUGGAUUCUCUCAGUCAGUGUGUAAAAAUGUAUUAUUGUUCAUAAGAUAACGCUGUGUGCCCUGUGCUUGACUGUAGCUGUUGCUGUGUGACAGCCACUAAAACAGAUGCUAAAACAAAUUUUGUAGCAUCUUCUCAUGGUUGCUGUUGAGAAGCUUUUUAGAGGGAUUAUCUCAGUCAGAGGAUGAAUGAAGAGCCCAGGAAUUAUUUCUGCUCUUUCUUUAUCUGUGGAGUCCUGGAAAGCUGGUCUCCUGUUCUCUGGAAUUCACUUAGAAUCAUAGAAUUCUAGAGUUGGAAGGGACCCUGAGGGUCAUCUAGUCCAACCCCUGCAAUGCAGGAAUUUCAGCUAAAGCAUCCAUGACAGGUGGCCACCCAACCUCUGCUUAAAAACCUCCCAACAAAGAAAAGUCCACUACCUUCCGAGGGAGACCGUUCCACUGCCAAACAGCUUUUACUGUCUGAAAGUUCUUCCUGUUGUUUACUGAGAAUCUCCUUUCUUGUAAUUUGAACCCAUUGCUUCAGGUCCUACCUUCUGGAGCAAGCGGAAAACAAGCUUGCUCCAUCUCCUAUGUAACCACUGUUCAGAUGGCUAUCAUAUCACCUCUCAGUCUUUUCUCCAGGCUAAACAUACCCAACUCCUUCAACCAUUCCUCAUCAGGCUUGGUUUCCAGACACUUUAUCAUCCUGGUCACCUUGGCAUUUGCCUGGCUAAUCUGGGGGAAGAAGCUGCUUUGUCCCCACUUUUCAGGCAAGGCCACCGUGGGGUUCCAAUGCACCAACACACUUGCUGAGGUCUUUCUGUGAACAAAGAGCUGUGCUCUGGGCAUGGCAAACUCAUAUGGUGCAGGUGUGCUUUGGGUAGCAAGGACAUGACCCCUAAACAGGGGUCAGCAAACCUUUUCAGCAGGGGGCUGGUCCACUGUCCCUCAGACCUUGUGGGGGGCCGGACUUUAUUUUUUUGGGGGAAAUGAACGAAUUCCUAUGCCCCACAAAUAACCCAGAGAUGCAUUUUAAAUAAAGGGACAGAUUCUACUCAUUUAAAACAUGCUGAUUCCUGGACCGUCUGCAGGCUGGAUUUAGAAGGCGAUUGGGCCAAAUCCGGCCCCUGGGCCUUAGUUUGCCUACCCAUGGCUUAAGUGAGCCAGUGUGCUCCUUUCAGGUGGGUGGUUUGAUUAUCAUGUGCAGUCGGGUUCUGCAGAUAAUUUCCUUUAGAGUCAUACCUCGGGUUGAAGUAGCUUCAGGUUGAGUUUUCGGGUUGCGCUCCGUGGCGACCUGGAAGUAACGAAACGCGUUACUUCCUGGUUUCGCUGCUUGCGCAUGCGCAGACGCUCAAAAUGACAUCACACGCAUGCGCUGAAGCGGCGAAUCGCGAUCCUCGCACUCGCAGACGCGGGUUGCGUUCGCUUCAGGAUGCGAAUGGGGCUCCGGAAUGGAUCCCGUUCGCAUCCAGAGGUACCACUGUACCAGCUUCCUGUUGGAAGUAUCCUGCUGCAUGAUAUUGCUAUAGACGCACACUUCCAGACAUUUAUUUAUUUUAUUUUUUGCAAAAGGUUGGUGGGUGAAACAAGACUCGAUGUCUUGCCCGCCCCCCUGCCGCAAGGCAGCUUCUUCAGCUAUUACAUUCUGAUGAGGUUUUGUCACGGAAAAGUUACUCACAUAACACAGGACUAAAAUGUGUUUUCCCUUGAUUGUGGAGACUGGCCAGGAGUCCAGGGGCUCCUCCCCUCCCCCCUCCACCCCGAGGUGGCCUCCUUUUCUCUGUAAUUCCAUUUAAAUGAUUGUUGUCUACGAGGUGAGUUUUAGGGGCCAUCGUCUCAUCUUACAAAGCAGAGCCAGUGAACUGUGCUCAAUCCUUUGGGCAGCAACAAAAGGGAGGAAGGGCUCCUGGCAGCGAGAGCAAGUGCCAAGGGGUCCAGAUUAGAGGAUGGCAAAAAGAAGAUGCCAGAAGCCUGCUGCAAAGUCAGAUUUUUAAAGGCAAACCCAAAUUGCCUUUUGUCAGGCAAACCAUCAUGUAGAUUUGGACUCAGAACCAUGGCAGGAGCUUCCAGAUGCCCAGGCAAAGCUUGUCUGCCUGGCUCUGCUUGUCAUUAGCUCAGCAGCACUCAUGUUCCUUUGGUGCAGGAGCCCCUGGAGGUGGAGCAAUGGCUAUAAAAGAAGAAGAAGAAGAAGAAGAAGAAGAAGAAGAAGAAGAAGAAGAAGAAGAAGAAGAAGAUUUACUCACCCAUCAAUUGAUGGUCCCAGGACAGGUCACAUUAAAAUACAACAUUAAAAAUAGUUUAUUAAAACACAAUCACAAAAGUAAGGUGGGUCCUAAAAAUAUACACCUCAAGUGUCAAAAGCCAGGGUAAAGAGGUGUGUCUUCAGAAUUCUCCAGAAGCUGUACAAUGAAGGUUCCAGGUGCACCUCUGGUGGGGGGGAGUUCCACAGCUUAGGGGCCACCACGGAGAAGGCCCUUUCCUAGGCUACCAUACACACACAGACACACCUAUGCCUACACCUACACCUCUGAGGGUGGAAGAACUAAGACGAGAGCACACUUUGCCAAUCUCUGCACCCAAGAGGGUCUGUAGGGAAGGAAGCGUUCUUUCAGAUAUUUCUGAUCUGUCAAUUCAGACCUUACGUGAGCCAGUUAGGGCACACACGGCUGGCAAAGCUGCUUCAGACCAUGACUUCUGAUUCUGCUUGGCUGGCUGGCUGCAAACCAUUGUUAACCAAUUCAGACACCAACCAAACCAUAGUUACGUUACCACUAGUGGUCGUUUGACAUAAUGUUUGGACAAAGCCAAUAUUCCUGGGGCUCUACCCCACUCCUCACCCCCAAUGCAUGCCUUUAUAUAUUUUAGCCCAGAACUGGGACAGUUUCAGAGGCUUUUGAGCUGUGUUGCUGACCCCCAACUUCCCAUCCCUGAUCUAACCACCACACCUGUUUUAAGAAAGUUGCUUGCAACUUCAGAAGCACAGCUAAAAUUAAUAUAAAAUAAAAUAAACUUCUACCUCAAGCGGAAUUGCCAUGCAGGGUCUUCAUUCAUCUGUUUUCAUCCCUCUUCCCCCCCCACCCCGAUUUGCGGUGCUUCACUUGGAAAUCAGGCCUUGCUGCCCCAGGGAGGCCUCUCUUCUCCCUCCCCCCCUCUCCUUUUUCCAGGGAUGUGGACAGUAAGAGCAGUGAUGUUUUUACUGCCAGCCCACUGGGGUGGGGGGCAGUGAGGUGAUGUUUGUCCGGAGGCCCCUUCAAGGGAGCAGAGGCAAGUCACCAGAGAAUUGGCGUCUUUAGAUUUUGACAGAUAAGCAGGAAAAGGCAGCAGCCAACAUGGACUCUUCCAUCUGGUUUCUAGCAACCUGGGGUUUUAUGCAGUUACUUAGUUUGUGGAAGAGAUAGCAGAGAUUGGAGGGGCCCCCCCCACCAGUCACCUUUCAGCUGGAGUGUAAACCACUGUGGUUGCCUGAAGGGUUAGCAUGCCUCUAUAUUUUUUUUUAUUUAAGAGACCUCUUGUAAUAUUAGUUAGGUGUGACCUAAUGGUUAGAGUGGACUGUAGCCUGGGAGACCAGGGUUUGAAUCCUCACUCAGCCAGUCGACGCUCUCUUAGCCCAGUGCCUCUCAAACUUGGGUCCCCAGCUGCUGUUGGACUACAACUCCCAUCAUCCCUGACUGCUGGUCCUGCUAGCUAAGGAUGAUGGGAGCUGUAGUCCCAACAGCAGCUGGGGACCCAAAUUUGAGAAACACUUUCUUAGCCUAAACCUACCUCACAGGGUUGUUGUGAGGAUGAAAUAGGGAGGGGGAGAACUAUGCAUGCCACCUUGAGCUCCUUGGAGGAAAAGGGUGGUAUAUGGAAAUAAAUAAAUGGAAAUAAAUAAAUGAAAUAAAUGAACCAACACUGAAACUCUGCAUCAGUUACAAUAUUUACAAGCACGUAUUUGACUUAACUAGCCAGUCUUCUUUGAUCCUUCACAGAAGUGAUGCAUUGAUGAGCUUCUCCCCCCUCCCAUCAGUGAUGAGAGGAAGUAAUUUUGGAGAGGGCCCCUCUCCCCUCUCCCUGCCUCCCCCUCCUCUUGCUCUGAACAGCCUCCUCAGCUCUUGCAGCAAACCUGGCUGCCUCCUCCUUUAUUUAUGCCUUGAACUCACAACGCCUUUGCUUAUUCUCGUAAUCGGUUUCUGGUGUAUUUACAUUUCUGUGCUUCAGACGUGCAUUUCUAAGGAUCGGGUUUCUCUCUCUCUGGGCCGGCUGUUCCCACCCUUCCCCCCUUCCCCAAUUCCCCCGGACCUCUGUUGCUUGGAGCAGACUCUGGCGAGUCCCAGAUCCCAUGUCAAAGGCCACGACCCAGAUGUCAGAGCAGCCCUUUCUGCUGGCCUCCUCUUGAAUGAUUAUCUGGAGUUUAUUGUGUUGGAGGGGAUGGGAUUGGGGACAGCCCAGUCACCCCAGCAAGGCUCUGCAGCCGGACUGCAGCUCAACAAUGGAACGGGGAGUUUCACAGAAGCACAAAAGAUUAAAUUAAAGUUGGACAUUUGGCCAGAGAGGUGUGUGCCUUAGAACGCCCCCUGGGCAACCCAUAAUUCUUCCUGUUUCUUCUUAAGGAGCAUUUUUUAAAAACCACAGCAAGCUAACCUGAAAAAUUUCCUGGGCAAAACUUUAAUCAAGUCAGUUGAGGCUGAGAUUUAAGAGUAAAUUGCUGACUUGAAGUCCCUGCUGCAGCAAGGCCUCCAAGAGAUUUUCUGUUGGAUCUCAUAUUUUCAGGUCAGAAACAAUAUAAUGUCCAGUGGCACAGCUUAAUAUGUGAUCACAUUUUUUUUAAAAAAAGAAAGACUGUUUCCCCUCCCAAGGCUUUAACAAUAACAACAACAACAUCAACACACACAUCCAAUUUAUUAUGAAAUGUUAUCUUUGUCUUCUUGCUCACCCCCACAUCCCCUUUGCUUUCUCAAACCUUCAUCUGUAAUGAAUGAGAGGCUUCAGGGUGGGGAGAGGGGUGGAUUCUCUGCUCUGAAAGAAGAGAAAAGCCACUCAUGCUCCUGACCUCGGAUUCCUUCUUAAUUUUAUCUAGCCCUGACCUGUUGGCUCAGUUCUGCCGUCUUUGGAGACUCACAAACAUGUAGCAGCUGAAAGAAACAAUGGCAGGGUUUUUUUGGGAUUGCAGCAUUGCACUUCUGUGACCUCCAUGUAAACAGAUGCUUUUCUGCAAAACUUUUGCCAGGACACCCCCCUCCAAAAAAAACUUCCACAACAGGACCCUCUCUCCAGCCUCUGAUUCAGGACCAGCAAGAGAGAAUGGAUCUCCCUUGUGUUUCCAAUUCUGUCUCUGUCUGUCUGUCUCUCUUUCUUUGUUUGUUUGUCUUUUGCUUCAUGUAUAAUUGUGGGAAAUGAAUUCUGCCCUCUUUUUGUACUUGCUGGUAACCAGGGAACCUUCUGUGAAACGUGGUUUUAAAGGCAUGGGGGUGAUUCCUGUGUGCAAAAGAUUGGUAAGGAUUUGAACACUUUCAUCCAGAAAUUCUCCAAUAGUUGCACAGAGAUUUAAAACCAAUUCUUUGGGAGGGCAAGAAACUUUGUCAGGAGGAGACCCAGUUAGUUAGGAAAGAGGCCAUACCUUUUUUAAAAAAUGAAAAGGAGCACAUGGUCUCCACCUUCUGUCAGUUAUAUGGCACUGGGCAUAUUUAGGGCAGCCACCUCAUUUUGUUGACGUAGACUUUAAUAUAGAUGUGGAGAACAUCAGGCCUACAGGCCAACCUAGCAGUUCGAAAGCACGUCAAAGUGCAAGUGGAUAAAUAGGUACCACUCCGGCAGGAAGGUAAACGGCGUUUCCGUGCGCUGCUCUGGUUCGCCAGAAGCAGCUUAGUCAUGCUGGCCACAUGACCUGGAAGCUGUACGCCAGCUCCCUCGGUCAAUAAAGCGAGAUGAGCGCCGCAACCCCAGAGUCAGCCACGACUGGACCUAAUGGUCAGGGGUCCCUUUACCUUACCAUCUACUUUAAUAGCUUUGUGGCAAACAGAAGUCCAACCAGUGCAGCUUCUCCUGCUUUUACAUGCAGAGGUCAUAGAAAGCCACAUCUCUUGCAUAGCCUGGCACACACCUCUUCAGGGUUCUGCUGGGAAAGCAUGGAGGCAGCUCUGUGCUGACUGAUGUAGCAGCAGCAAACUGAAGCGGUACCUCAUAGCAUCAUGCCCAUCUUCCACUGAAAGGCCAGGGGGCUGUGGCGGUGGGAGAGUCUGUCUCAUUGCCUUUUAUUUUGGGGAGGCUGAAACCUUCAGAACAGCUGGACUUAACACCAGGGCUGGAUUAGAGAUCCAGUGCCAAGUCUGGACAGACUCGCUUGCCCUUUCUGUUUCACUUAAUCCCUUCUGUUCCAGUGGUUAGGUGGGUCCCCUGUAAGUGGAGACAGUCUUGCCUUGAUUUUGUUGAACCCAUGAAUUUGGGGAGCUUGAAUUGCUUCUGCCACCAUCAUACAAGACGUUUGUGCUCAUCAGUCAGAAGUGUGGCUGGAGACACGAUGUUAACCUCCAAUUCACAUCCCUUCCCCUUGCUGAUUAUUUGGGAUUGUUCUGUGGUAUCAAAAUCUCUUCAGGAAAGGCUGCUCCAUUUUGUGCCUUUCACUGCAUCUUUGAGGAUUAGCGAAGGAAGGAAGGAGCUGGUGCUGGAUUUCAUUAGAAUAGAUCUUUUUGACAUUUGCCUCUUGCCAUUUCCCCCCAGCUCUUUCCAUGGGGGUUGGGGGUGCAGCCUGCAGUUUUGCCUAAACUGAGGGUGGGGAGCCUAAAGAGUGUCUUCCUCCUUCAGGGGAAGUGCAGGAGCCCCCUCUGGUGCCUUGCUGCAGAACGACAUCGCCUCCAGAUGCUUGCAGAUCAAAGGACCCUUUUGGAGGAGGGAAGCAGACAAAGGGGGGUGAAGUAUAAAAGAACAGGAGGCGCACACUGCUGAAAGGGGGCGGGGAGUUCUUUGUCAUAUCCUCCUCCAAAAACACAACUUAGAUAUUGGCACACUGUCUUGCCUGUUGAAGACCUUCAACUGCAGAUAUGUUUCGCUAAAAGUUUUGUUAAAGCUGAAAUCACUGCAAGCACCAGAACUAUUGAUUGAUUGAUUGAUUGAUUGAUUGAUUGAUUGCAUUUUUAUCCCACCCUUCCUCCAAGGCACUCAGAACCCCAUCCCAUAGUUACCCUCCCCUGUAAGGUAAGUCAGGUUAGGAGUUGGUGACUGCCCUGAAGUCCCAUAGAGAGCUUCAUGGCAGAGCAGGAAUUUGAACCCGCAUCUCCCCAGGGCUUAGGCUGAUGACCCAACAUGAGGAUGGAGAGACAGUGGCAACCCAGCCAGGUGGACGGGGAAUAAUAAUAAUAAUAAUAAUAAUAAUAAUAAUACAUUGUCACAUUAUUCUGGCUGGGGAUGAAGGGAGUUGGAGUUCCCCACCGCUCCUCUAGCUACUCCACCAAGCUGUCCUUCGCCUGAUGGGUCACACCUGCUCAUCCAUAAGCUUCCAAGGGCCACAGCUCAGUGGCAGAACAGCUGUCUCACAUGGAGAAGGUCCCACCAUCAGAGGCGGUGGGCUAGCCACCUGUAGGGGCGGGGCAAACAUCCCAGGGGGUGGGGCAGCGAUGUCGUCACCCCCAGGGAUGAUACCCAGGAUGGGCUGCACCUACCGCACCCCCCUUCCUCCACCAGUGCCCACCAUCUGUCUCCUGCUGGCCUAGGUAGGGCUGGGAAAGGCUUUCUUCCAGAAGCCCCAGAGAACUGUCGCUGCCAGUAGGUGGGUGUAGACAACUCUGAUUUGGGGGACCAAAGGAUGGAUACUGCGUAAGACAGCCUUCUAUGCAACUCCUAGGGUGAUAGCGAGGCCUCUCUUCCUCUUUCUGCUGGUAGCACUUGUAACAAUGGGUACACAAACUUGCUGUCAUUUGUUACUCAAAUAGCACCUGUAAGUGUAUAGGGCGCUUCAUAUGCAGACCUCUUCCCAUGCCACUGAGCCUGCCCUUAAAUACAAAAGGGCAAGGAAGGAGUUGGGGCAGCCGUAUUGCUGCAGCUACAACAAAGGCGGCAUUUUUUCAUCUCUGCCAAGCUAAGCAGUUGGCUCCUUGACUCUCUCGCCCUGACCUCGCCACUGUGAUCCACACGAUGGUCACCUCCAGACCAUCACGAUCAUGGUGUCAGCAUGCAGGCGAGCUUCUUUGGCCAUAGAUGUGCCCCUCCCAAUAUGUCAUCAUGGAAGAGAUUAAAUGAAGGGCGUCUUUUAGUGAGGCACCUGCGCCCUGUUGAGUUCAGUGUCUUGAGCUGUCUGAGUCCAGUGAGGAAGAAUCUGAGUGGGUCUUCCUGGGUCUCAGUUGAUUAAUUAAAUAUUCUUAUUUCUCCAGAUCCCAGAAGGAAGUACCAUGUCAGACUCCUGGCCUACAACAGUGUGGAAGAAGGCUACCAGGCAGAUCAGACGGUCAGCACUCCUGGAUGUGUCUGUAAGUGUUGAAUUAUUUUAUGGAAAUCACCAGCUGUGGUUCUCUUUUAUGGAUAUAGUGAUUGCUGUUCGUUUUUUGCAAUCCCUCUAACUGCUUCUGGUAUUAGGUCGAUAUUGUGAUGUCUAUGCCUAUGGGGAAAGGGCUUUUAAAAAAUGUGUUGAGUCCAUGGUAUAUGUUCCAAUGGACUGAGAGCUUGUUGCCAUAAGUUUUGGAGUGAUCAUAGACUUGUUUGAUUUAUUAAGACUCUUUAGUGGCUGGAGGUCUUAAGCCCUCACACUGACUGCUAUGAGUCCUUGCACAAGAUGGGAUAUUAGUCUAGUUUUCAAACUCUCCCUAUCAUUCCUAGCCGCUUGCGACUCACGUUCCUUGUUGCCUCUUCUCCUGUUUUCCACAGCUGUCCGUGACCGAAUGGUCCUGCCUCCACCACCACCUCACCACCUUUAUGCCAAAGCAAACACCUCUUCUUCCAUCUACCUGCACUGGGGACGACCUGCAUUCACCUCUGCACAAAUCAUUAACUACACUCUCCGCUGCAACCCUGUAGGGCUACAGAAUGCCUCUCUGGUCCUCUACCUCCAGACGUGCGUAUCAUCCGUUCUGAUAAUUAUACUUGCCCCCAUUCCCUUCAGAUAGUUCAUGGUUCUUUUAAUUGGCAUUUUUAUGGAGCAUCUAGGAUUGCAAAGCCAGAGUCGAGCCCCCAGAUCUGCCCCAGGGCAAGUUCAUUUUGGGGCCUGUUUGUAUUCAGUUUAUCUCAACUUGGUUAAAUUGAGCUGCUCUUCCUCCUCUUCAUCAGCCACAAUCCUUGGGUGAUACCAUAACAUAUAAAUUCUGGGAUUUGCUACCCUAAGAUAGCUUUAAAGGGGGUUUAGACAAAUUCAUGCAUAAGACGACCAGUGAUAGUGCCUGUGUUCUCUCCAUUUGUCAAAGGCAGUAAGUACAUCUGAAUGCCAAUUGCUGGGACUCACAAGUGGGGAUUGUGCUGUUGCUCCAGCUCUCAAGGUUCUGCUUUCAGGCUUCCUCCCUGGUUGGCCGCUAUGGGAACAGGAUAUUGGACUAGAUAGGCUUUGGGCCUGAUCCAUCAACCAGGCUCUCUUUAGUCAAUGUGUGAUUUGGAAAGUGGCCUCUUUUGUUGUAAAAGCUUCAAGCUCAGGAAAAUAUAACCUGGAGUUAGUUUCAGUUAACGGUUAUGGAGACCCCAAUCGUUAAGGGUAUAAGCUUAUUCUGACAUGAAUUUCUCCUUAUCAAAAAGGUUUUGAAAACAACACAAUAUAAAAUUUUGUCUUACUUAUUAUGUGUAUGGGUGGAGGUUUAAUUUUUUUUUGGGGGGGGGUAGUGGUUUUGAUACAACAGGUUGUGGAAUGUAUCAAUAAAUUACCGUAAAUUACAGUAUAUUUAAUCAAAGCAUUCCCCCCCACAAGGGAACGCUAAAAAAACUUUGAAAAAACAAUUAUUUAGUAAUGCCCUUAUUCAGAUAUUAGGCUUUUUAAAGGCAAUAUGUUUUCUAGACUAUUUUCAGUUCAAUUUCCAAAGUCUUCCUGCCUCUGACUCCAUUGUUUACAAACGCCACAUAUGAGGUCACAGCGAUGAGGCCAUGAUCUACCCACUUGGCAAUGCCUAGUGAACUUAGAGACCUGCCUGUUACGUUUUUUAUCAAUUAGAGAAUGCCAGCCUCUUCAAGGCCAUGUGAUAUAUGGCCAGUCAUGGGACAUUUCCUGGAGAGGCCACGUAGACCAGACAUGUCAUUGUUCAUGUUAGGGCAGUAAUGAGAGUGAACUGGAAAUGCAGAUCCUGUUUGUAACUCUUCAGGUUCUGCAAUCCAGGGCAGGUGUUGCUUUCUUGAUGGGCCAGAAGAUGGAGUCCUCCUUCUCAAGUGUUAUAUUUCAGCCAUCCUGUAGAAACAUUAGAAUACCUCUUUAAGUUUCACAUUUUCUGGGUUUUGCAGAAGGGAGCAGGGUCAGGUCACUUUGGUGGAAAACGGAUCAGCCACUCCUGGUAUUAAAUUUUGCUUUCUCAUGUUUCUAUGUUUACAGCUCAGAAACUCAUAUGAUGGUUCAGGGACUGGAGCCAAGUACUAAGUAUGAGUUUGCGGUUCGGCUACAUGUGGAUCAGCUCUCAAGCCCUUGGAGUCCUGUGGUCUACCACACGACGCUUCCAGAAGGUGAGGGUGACAUUGUAAAGAAAUGCUCAUGUCAUCAUGCACUGGGUUACUACCCAGCAGCCCCAGUUCCCUUUGACCAGCUGGGCAGUGGGCAAGAUCCCCAUGCAAAGGAUGUCUUUGUGUACAUUUUGCCAAUGUUGAUCACCUGCCAUGGCAUGUUUGGAUGUGCGUGGAUGCCAGGUGUUACAAACCCUUUGGGUAUCUUGUUCCCAAACAAUGAAUUUCAGGGUGGUGGCUCUGGACAUCAAAGGGGGAAACAAAAAUGACAAUUUAAGCUGAGGGCACAUUUGUGUCCAUGGGAGAGGAUUCUUCAGUUGGCAUCUAGAAGUUUAGUUACAUUGCAAGCAAUUUUGGGGACCUUCCAGUGAGUUUGGACAGGGGGGUUUCAAGGCAAGGGCUUGCUGAUUUGUUUGCCUCCCAAUAAUUCUGUGUGGCUUUCCCCCCAGCACCAGCUGGUCCUCCGCUGGGAGUGAAGGCAACUCUGAUAGAGGAAGACACAGCCUUGGUUUCCUGGAAGCCUCCCGGUGGGCUUGGCACUGUCAUAUCACGCUACACAAUCCUCUAUGCAUCAAGGAAAGCUUGGAUCGCUGGCGAGUGGCAAGUCCUGCACCGGGAAGGUGAGUGAGUGACUGUGGCAAGGUGGCUGUGGAGAGCUUGUUCCCAGCUUUAUCCAGGUAAAUCUAAACUUGCUGUUUCUGCUAAAUGUUACUAGCCCUGUUAAUCAGGGCUCACCUCUUGGGUGAUAGACUGUCUGAUAGAAUCCAGAGUUUCACCUUGAACUUUGUUGCAAAAGUUGCUUCCUCCACUCAGAUAUCAGAAGGGAGAGAGAAAUGGGAGCAAGCCAGCUUCCCUUGUGUGCUUCAGCUAGGCAGCAAUAUUUAAACCUAGCACCCACAACUCUGCUGGAAACACAGAGGAUGCUCCUGGAAUGAGGGCUGGUUGCUCAGCUAGAUUUUUCUUCUGCCUGCCUGGUUUGUGGUAGAGGAGGAGAAAGGAGGUGGGGCUGAGAAGGUUCUUCUUCUUGAAGAAGAACUAUUAAGAGACUUUUGGACUAUUAAUUGGUUUAGAAAUUCUUUUAAAGAAAGAGAUUAAACAUUUAUGAGAUUAAACAUUUAGAGGACUACAGGUUGACCAUCCUUUUUCUAGAUUCAGAUUAUAAAUGACCGGGUCCAACUCAACAGCAUGUUCGUGUAGAAAGUGAGGAAUUCUUAUACUGAUAAGCAGUUUGAGGCCAUCAUCUCUAUUCUGGUCUACCCUACUACUUAGCUUUUCUGGAUCAGCUCUCCAGCUGAUGUUGGACUCAAAACUUCCACUGGUCCCAGCCAGUGCAGCCAGGGUUCCUGGGGAUAUACUCCAGCAGCAGCUGAAGGGCACCAGGGUCCAGAUAAAGUCAGAUGGGUCUGUCCGGCUCUCAGGGAACAUGAUAUGGUCAGCUAUAUCCCAAUUCAAUCUUCCUGCCUUGUUUUGUCUCCCUCCCCUAUAGGAACUAUAACAAUGGCUUUGCUGGAGAACCUGAUGGCAGGAAACAUCUACCUCAUUAAAAUAGCUGCAUCCAAUGAAGUGGGGGAGGGGCCUUUCUCCAAUGUGGUGGAACUUGCUGUCCUACCAAAGGAAGCAUCGGAAUCAAACCAAAGACCCAAACGCUUGGAUUCGGCAGAUGCUGACACAGGUGAGUGCAAAGAAUUUGUGACAAUCACCUAGUCAGGUUUUAGAACACCAGGUGUUUAUGUUAUUAUGAUUCACAUUUACGGUCUCUUCACACAUUCUUUACUAUUGUUUGUUGCUGUUAUAAUACAUUUUUUAAGAUUACAUUCUGUCAUGAAGUUUUCUCAGAAUGGUUUACAGUAGCUCUCAAAGCAGUGUAAAUAUGAAUCCUAAAAUACAAUUUAAAACCACAGCAAUGAAAACAAUACCUCAGCUCUGGUCUCUUUUUGGUAACCUAAAUGUGGUUGCCAAAAGCCUGGGAAAACAGAAAAUGUCUUUGCCACAACAAUGAGGGAAGGACUAGUCACAGGGUCUGCUCUUCUCCAUCCCCACCUGCACAUGUGAUUUAUUUAUUUAUUUUACUUAUACGUGAUUCUUCUGCAUGAUGUGAAACAGGCUGCCUGUUUCAAGAGUCACUAUAAUGUUACACUGGGGGUGGGAGGGAAAUGUGUGUAGAUUGUUAUGUGUUAAGAUUGCCUCAUAUUGUGAAUCUACAGUUGAGUGGCAAAAAAGGACAGACACACAGUCUACCCACCCUCUCCUCCACACACCUCAAAUACUUUCCUAAGUAAAAUCACACUUGAAGGGAGCCUUAGCUGGAAAGAGCAGCUAUGAAGCUACCUUAAAUCAAGGCUUCUGCAAACGUCAAACCUGCAGGGACAAAGAGUAGCUCCUGGGGAAUUCCCCCACCCCACUGACUUCAGUAAGAAAUCCUUGGAGACCCACAGUUUGCGCAACCAAACAUGGCACCUUGGAGGCACCUGGUUCCUCUAUUUGUUUGUGGCUCUCAGAGUGGCUGACAAAAAUCUGUGUUAAAACACUCCCUGCAGUCAGGCUUACAGUCUAAAAUGACAUUUUUAAAAAUUCAUUUGUUUAUUAUUUGAUUUAUGCCCCCAGUUUACCAUAAGAAUAAAACAUAUGAUAUAUAAAAGCUAAAACAGAGAUUAAAACAUCAGAACAGUAUUGCAUGAUGACACACAAGGAAAAAGUAGGGAGGUGGGUUGCUCCUGCAGAUGUUUGUAAAGUGACCCUUAUUAGAAGGCAGUUGAGAGCAGUAAUUUCUCAGUGAUGGCUGUGAGGAGUGUGUAUGCCUUUCUCAAGGUCAGUGAGGGGAGGAGCCCAGGGAGGGUCCCAAGGGCCAGAUAGAGAGUGCUGCAUGUGGCCUCCGGGCCUCAUCUUGCCUGGGAACUGGGCACCUUUGUAUGGAAAGCAGCCUGUUACAGCCUGGCCCAGUUAGUUUCCUCAGGAUUCCCCGAUGUCCGUAGCUGAUGCUUCUUGUGUUUUCAAUUGCAAGGGGUGCCCAGAAGUUGUGCUGCAAAAAGGGCACGCAAAUGAUAGACCUGGGUGUUGCUUUCUUCCUUGCAGCUAAUUCCGGCUAUUACCAGCUGGACCAGAAGUCGAUGACAGGCAUCAUUGCAGGUGUCUGCAUUGCCCUGACGUGCAUCUUGAUCUGCAUCCUCAUCUUGAUCUAUCGCAGCAAAGCCAGGUAGGCUUGGAGGGGGCAGUUAGGUGCUUCUAAAGUGGUACCAUUGAAGCACCCACAUAAGUGAGGGUCCGGUGAGGUUGGGGGGGACCUUGGACACUUCUUACUUGUAGCAAUUCAGUAUUGUGACAGCAGUGGGCUCCCAGGCUCAGGCCCUGAGUGGAAUCUGCGGGAGGGGAAGUCUGAAGCCCAUGACCUUUGAGACAGUACAAUUGCUUGCAUGCUGUGGACAUGCGAGCUCUUCUGCUUAGAGAAUCUUACCUGAGAUGUGUCUGGAUUUGCAGUAAAGAACUGUUUUGCUUACAUAUCCCAGGUCUUAAAACUCCUGGGAUCUGGAGCCAGAAUAUACACAAGCUGAACGGUCAAGUAUGGCAGCUUUUGCCAGGCUGGCCCAUUUCAGGCUGUGGUUGAGGAUGGAGUGAGGAUCACCUGUUCAAAUGCUGAAAAACAAAUACUGUAGUUUAGGGUGGAAGAAGGCAAGGGUAGAACCUUGUAGGGAGUGUUGUGGUUUUGUUUUGUAUUGUAUUUACUGGGGAGCUUUGUAAAUAUUCAAGCACAUGAACACACCCACCCAGCCACCUGCAAUCUAAAGUCCAGUUCCAGAUGAAUCCCAGAGAGUUUGGUUCCAUUCAUAAAUCACUGCAGUCGGUUGAUUUUAAGAGGGCUGGGAAAUCUUUGGCUCUGCAGAUGUUAUUGGCCUCUGACUCCCAUCAUCCAACAACAUCUGGAGGGCCAAAGAAUCCUCUCUCCUGAUCUAACAGGAUGUAGGCACGCAAGAUCGAAAGGAAUUUGCCUCAGCCUAGCCUGCUUGUCUUAAGUCUCACUUUCCUUCCUGCUCCACAUUGAACAGGAAAACGUCAGCCCCCAAAAGCAUCCAUCAAGCGUCCCACCAGCACUCUCACAGCAGCAUCUCUUCCAUGGGUGCCAAUGAGGUGGGCAAGAGCAUAGAAGACCUUGCUGAGAAUGAGGAAUCUCUACAGCCAAUGAUGGCGGGAAGCAGCUUCCUGGAUGCCAAGGUACAACGGCCUGUGUUUUCUGGGCUCCUGCUGCCUUAACUUUCUUUGCUUUUGCUUGUUUAUUCAGAAAAUUUACACACACAGCCCAGCCUGCCAAGGGAUUUGCACCACACAGGACAGCUUACAAUAAUUAGAAGCAAAACAGUCUCAUAAAAGGAAUGAAGCAGCACAAAAAUGGAAGCAGGCUUGAUGGAUAAAAACAUUUUAAAAAUGAGGGUCACAUCAAAAUAGUCUGCCCAGGGAGACCAGUGCUGUCUGGAUAAGGAAAGUUAACUAGUCACCAAAAAAUUAUUAUUUAUUGAAGUUUUAUAGCACCCUUCAUCCAAAGAGCAUAGGGAAGUUUACAACAUAAAAAUACAAAAUGAGAACACAAAAAAACCAAUAACGCCCCUCCCACAAACACAUUUAAAAGCCAUAGAUCUUAAGUGGGGGAGGACAAAUUGCUCUCAAGAAGUAAGGCAUUCCAAAGGUCCAUAUGUAGCCUCUAUGGAGCCUCACUCCUCAUCCCAACUAAUUGUGUCUCAGUCACAGAGAUACAGAAAAGGCUCUCUUUGGGUGUGGUCAGGCUGAUAUAGGAGGACAGGAGCCUCAGGGGGCCAGUCCACUGUCCCUCAGACCUUGUGGGGGGCUGGACUAUAUUUUUUGGGGGGGAAAUGAACGAAUUCCUAUGCCCCACAAAUAACCCAGAGAUGCGUUUUAAAUAAAAGGACACAUUCCACUCAUGUAAAAACACUCUGAUUCCUGGACCAUCCGCAGGCCGGAUUUAGAAGGCGAUUGGGCCGGAUUCGGCCCCCGGGCCUUAGUUUGCCUACCCAUGCCCUAGAGCCAAGCUUUUUAGGGCUUCAAAGAUAAGCUGGCACACCCAACUUAGAUGCAUUUAAGAUAGGGUUUCUCAAAUUUGGGUCCCCAGCUAUUGUUGGACUGCAACUCCCAUCAUCCCUAGCUAGCAGGACCAAUGAUCAUGCCAUGGAGUGGGAGAAAUGUUUGUGGGAUUCUCCCACCUCUCAGGUGUCAAAGUGUCUUGUCCAGCCUUUGCUGCUAUGCACUAUUGGUAGGGAUGCCAUUUGCAGGCAGCAAAAAGUCUUGCGCCAGAUCUCUGAGUUCAGGGCACUUCAGCAUAUCCGAUGAAAAAGAGAAACAGAACCCCCCCCCCCCCGCAUCACUUUCAAAAAAUGAUCCCUAAGAAAGGACAGGGACACCAGAAACCAGGGCCUCCCAAGCCCAUCCUGUCAAGGGAUCCAGAAAGAUACCAGAGUCAGUGGUACUGAAACUCUACAGAAAAGCUCGUUCUCUUCAGCUCCCAGGGUAAAGAUUUCCCCAAAGCAGCCCAAAUCCCCAAAACCAGGCCUGAAGCCACAUGGAAAUGUGUCUAGGGGAGGGGUUUCCAACUUGUGGCCCAUGGGCCACCAGUGGUUUGGAGCUUCUUUUGGGUGAUCUGUGGCCCGUCCACAUUAAAUAGUCAUGGUGAUUUUAUUUGUAUUUUCGUUACCGCUUUUAUUUCUUAUAUUGUAUUACAAUUUGAAUUUUAUGGAACUGAAAUUGUAAUACAAGAAAAUACAAUAUAAGAAAUAAAAAAGCAAUAAAGUCACUAUUAAAAACCACUUAGUCCAGCACAUUGCAACUUCUACAACAGGCAGAAAAAUCAUUGGUGGUCCGCAAAGACCAUCCAUAAUUUUCAAGUGGUCUGUGAAGGGAAAUGUUCAUGCGCCACUGGUCUAGGAUAAUCCAUGUUACAUUUUGUAGAAAGCCUAUCAUGCUUGACCCGCCAAGAGCAUUUGAUACUAGACAGAGAUGGUGCUGGUGUUUUUCUAGGGCUCCCCAUCUGUAACAUUCUCCAACUUAUUCAGAAGGUGAGUUCUUCCAGAGAAGCCAGUGGCUGUCAGAAGACUUCUGCUCUUCCUUCUCCAGUGGCUCUUGGGGAACAGCAGCAGCACGUCAAGGCUACCUUCAAGAGCACAAAGCUCACUGUUUCUGCUUCCAGUCUGCAUCCACCUCAUUAAAAUAGCCUCUUUCCUUAGAAACAUGUGGUCUAAAAUUACAGCCCCACAAAAGUUGCCCUUCUCACAAGUGCUCUUUACUUUUGACUCUGCUGUAGUCUAAAUGUCCUCUCAAUGGAAAUCAAGCAGACUUUUGUGGGUGUUUGGGGGGAAGGGGUUGAAUGCAAGAAUUUGCAAGGUUUCAAACACAGUCCUAUGCAUGUUUACUCAGGAGUAAGUCCCACUGUGUUCAGUUGGGCUUACACCUAGGUAAGUGUGCAUAGUAUUGCAAUUUAAGCCAAUCUGCUUCCAAGAGAGAGCAGAAAUUGCUGGAGUUAAUAUUUUUUGUAAAGCUUUAGAGUUGAGUUGUGAGGACCUUGUUUUAAUUUCAGCCAAAUCCUUUUUCCAUUGUGUAACUUAAGGUUUCCUCCCCUAUCUCUUAGGGUGGUACCAAUUUAAUUAUAAACAGCUAUGGGCCAAUUGCAAAGAAGAGUUCCAGGAAAUGGCUCUUCUUUCAAGACUCUAAGAGAGUGAAGUCAGAAGAGGUAAGAGAAUGACUGAGUGUAUUCUGCCUCCUGGCCUCUUCAGGCUUGAGAGUGGCUCUGAAUUUCUGCCUUGAUAUCUUGUGUUGGGGCAUUUUGUGAAGUGAACUAAUCACAAGGGCAAUCCUCAAAUCUCAUAUAGCUCAAGAGCUUCUCUUUCCUUUGGCUGGAGACAGGGUUGGCUCAAGAUAAUUUGCUGCUUGAUGCAAAGUGCCUCAUGGCAGCUCUCCCCAUCCUGUGUGCCAAAUCAGACUUGAUUGGCAGUUGGAUCUUACCUCAACACGGCAUACUGUAUUUGCACCACACCCGGGGAGGCUGUGUGGCACAUGCGGCUGUAUUUUCCCACACCUUGCAGCCAAUCCCCAUUCUCCAGCAUCUGCCACCUGAGGUGACAACCUCAUGGUAGGACCAGCCGUAGUCAGAGAAGAUGUUGUUCUUUGCAGUUUAUUCCAGUCUCCAGCUUGCUCUACUAUGAGGUAGUGAAGCAGGAAGGUAUUUCCAACUGACUUCAAAAGAUAGGCAUGGUUUGGGAGAGAAAUGGCCUCGUGAGCCAGUUUGGACCCCCAGAAGGCCAAAAUUGGGCAUGUGUUUCCUACGCUGGAUCUCAGUAUUCACCUUUUACCAGCAGAGCUUUUGGGUGUUGCCUGUAUUCUAUUUUGGUCUAUUCUGCCUUAGAGGCACCUUUAUUUUUGUGUAAUGUUUUUCCUCCCUGUGUUUCCUCCAGACCCAGAGAUGUUUUACAAAAGCAGUGUGUUUGUAUCAGUCGGGCACUGCCGUCCUCAUUGGCAAAGAUGCCUCCCCAGAGCAAAAGCCGAACUACCAGGCUGCGUACAGCAUCGUUGCUGACACAGAGCAUUCAGCAAACAGUGAAGAAAGCCACGAAACCGGUGAUUCUGGAAGGUUCUCUCAUGAGUCCAACGAAGAACUUCACCUCUCUGUGGGCGUCAGUGCUGCUCCAGUGACCCCCGAUUCCUUUGCAGGCAGUGCCCCCGUGUGUCCGCUCCCGAGUGCCUCCGAAGAGCCCCCUGACCAAAGUCCGCCGCCACGUCUCCAGCUGCCGCCUGCAGGACAAAACUGA